AUGAAAAUAUUUUUGCCACUAGUGGUGUGGAUAAUUCUUCUGUUUCGAACGACAAACGCACAGCUUUCCGCGUCGCGCAAGCACGUGGGAAUAUUUGGCUUGAAACACGAAGUGUUUUUCCUCAACCUUGAAGAUGGCUAUUUCGGAUGCCAAGUCAACGAAUCCACAGACUACCUGCAGCUGUACGAGCUGUCCAAACUUUGUGAUGGUACAUCGGAUUGCUACAUGGGCUCCGAUGAGCUUAGAAAUAAGUUAAAAUGUACAAAUGAUUGUGAUAAAGACGGCACAGCUUGCUCUAACGGAGUAUGCUUGGACGGCCAAUGCCAUUGUAAUGAUGGCUUUGGUGGUUGUAACUGCCAAGUACCGGAUGAAAACGAAUGUAAAUAUCGACCUUGUGACGUUUUCGCCCACUGUACAAACACCCUUGGUAGCUUCACCUGUACAUGCUUUCCUGGCUAUCAUGGCGACGGUCUUCAGUGCGAAGAUAUCGACGAAUGUCAGGAUCCAAACAUCGCGCAGCGGUGUGUGGAAAAUGCUGAGUGCUGCAACUUACCAGCGCACUUUGUGUGCAAAUGCAAGCCCGGCUUUGAAGGCGACGGUGAAGAACGGUGUGCAGAUAUCAACGAGUGCCUGGAUCCGCGAGCGUGUGGCCCGAACGCGGAAUGCGUGAACCUGCCCGGCAACUACACCUGUCAGUGUCAGGAAGGGUUCUACGGAGAUCCGUACAACGGAUGCAUCGAUGUGGACGAGUGCGUUCAGCCCGGCGUUUGCGGACCAGGUGCCAUAUGUACGAACCUUGAGGGUGGUUAUCGCUGCGACUGCCCACAAGGAUUCGACGGAGAUGCACGCUCGGCUCAAGGAUGUGUCGACUACGACGAGUGCGCAAGAUCGCCAUGCGGCCGGAACGCGCUUUGCCGUAACGACGUGGGUAGCUUCCGGUGCGAAUGUCAGCAAGGAUUCUCAGGCGAUCCGAUGACGGACUGUCAAGACGUCGACGAGUGUUCCGGUAAUCCGUGCGGAGACGGUGCACGAUGCACCAACACGCCGGGCGGAUACCGGUGCAGUUGUUCACCGGGACUCACGGAAACGGACGAUGGCCAGUGCACGGACAUCAACGAAUGUGCGAAGGCGAACGCUUGCGGAGAGAACGCCAAAUGCAUCAACUUCCCGGGCUCGUACAAAUGCUUGUGUCCUCAGGGCUUCGAAGGACGCGGUGAACUGUUUUGCAAAAAUGUAAACGAAUGCCUUGAUAACCCAUGCGGGGAAAAUGCGCUAUGCACGGACACGGUGGGAAGCUUUAUUUGUUCAUGCAAACCAGAGUACACGGGUGAUCCGUUCCGGGGUUGCGUCGAUAUCGACGAAUGCAGCACAUUCGACAAGCCGUGCGGUGAGCACGCGGUAUGCGAGAACACCUCACCGGGAUUUAACUGUCUCUGCCCGCAAGGAUACGUGGGUCGACCAAAUGCGAAGGUGGCCUGUGAGCAGGCCGACGUAAACGUACUUUGCACGAGCGCAUUCGAUUGCACCAACAACGCGGAGUGCAUCGAGGGCCAGUGCUUCUGUCAGGAUGGGUUCGAACCGCAGGGUUCGGUGUGUGCCGACAUCGACGAGUGCCGGCAGGGUGCCGGGUCGGUUUGUGGCCCUGCUGCAGUGUGUGUGAACGUGCCCGGUUCGUUCCGGUGCGAGUGUGAAGCCGGUUUCAUCGGGACACCGCCACGUGUGCCGUGUAAGCCACCGUGUGCGGAUGUCAAGUGUGGCAAGAACGCGUACUGUAAGGCUGAAGGUCCCGAAGCGUUCUGUAUCUGUGACGAAGGGUGGACCUUCAAUCCGGCUGACAUCGCGGCCGGGUGUGUCGACAUCGACGAGUGUGACUCAGCGCAGGGUCCGAGUGGUCGCUGUGGGUUGAAUGCCGUUUGUACCAACCAUCCGGGCAGCUAUAGUUGCUCCUGUCCGGCCGGAUUCACGGGAGACGCCACACGCCAGUGUCUGGAUGUGGAUGAGUGCGCCAGACCCGGGGCGUGUGGAGUUAACGCCAUCUGCAAGAACCUCGAAGGAUCACAUCAAUGCACCUGUCCGACGGGUUCGAUCCCGGAUCCUGAUCCAAGUGUGCGUUGCAUCAGUGUCGUUGCUUGUACCAAGGAUGCUGAUUGUCCUGGAAACGCAGUGUGUGACCAACACCAGCGCUGCUUAUGUCCGGAACCUAACGUAGGCAACGAUUGCAGACAUCCGUGCGAGAAGGUGACGUGUGGUCCCAACGCCCAUUGCAUGCUAGUUCCUGGAGGAGGUGCUCAGUGCCUGUGUAGUGAGGGCUACACUGGCCAACCGGGUCAGUGCGUGGACAUCAACGAAUGCGGCGGCAAUCCGUGUCCUAGUGGAGCCGUCUGCACGAACCUACCCGGUGGUUACACCUGCCAAUGUCCCGGCGGGAGCUCGGGAGAUCCAUACUCAGGUGGUUGCUCGAAAUCGGCGCUAAAUGCUUGCAGUGAACGCAACCCAUGUCCUGCGGGUGAAAAAUGCAUCCAGGACGCGUUCAGCGGUAACAGCGUUUGCAUCUGUGGCCAGGGUUAUAAACGCGACGCCAAGGGAACCUGUCGUGACGUGGAUGAAUGUGCGGACGCUACACGGACGGCGUGUGGAGUGAAUGCGAUCUGCAAGAACCUGCCCGGAAGCUACGAGUGUCAGUGUCCUUCUGGAUUCAAUGGAAACCCGUACCAAUCCUGCGACGAGUGUCACAGCGCGGAAUGCCGUUGUGCGGCCCCGUACAAGCUGGUGGAGGGCAAUUGCGUGCUGGACAGCUGUUCACCGGAUGGCCGAUGUCCGGGUGGUGCCGAGUGUAUCUCCAUCACGGGUGGCGUUAGUUAUUGCGCAUGUCCGAAGGGUUUCCGGACGCAACCAAACGGUCACUGUGAGGACAUCGACGAGUGUGGUGAAGGUCAGCAGGCGUGUGGUUACGAUGCGAUCUGUCUGAACACGAUCGGUGGCCAUGAGUGCAAAUGUCCGCUAGGAUACUCCGGUGAUCCGUACCACGGAUUAUGCACAUUGGCCCAACGUCGGUGUGCCGCGGAUCGCGAGUGUGGCGCAAACGAACGCUGUGUCCAACCUGGCGAGUGCGUUUGUCCACCACCCUACUACAUGGACGCGUACGAUGGCAACCGAUGCAAGAGUCCUUGCGAGCGGUUCCCGUGUGGUAUGAACGCGCGUUGUACACCUUCCGAUCCGCCGCAGUGCAUGUGCGAGGUUGGCUUUAAGGGCGAUCCACUGACCGGAUGUGUUGACGAGGACGAAUGCGCCAACAGUCCGUGUGCGUAUGGUGCACAGUGUGUGAACCAACGCGGUGGCUACAAGUGUGUCUGCCCGCCUGGUAUGGUGGGUGAUGCGUACAAAGGUGGAUGCAUCCUGGAACAAGGAUCCAUCAAGAGCCAGUGCCGGCGCAAUGAGGACUGUGCUGAUACGCUUGCUUGCGAGCGUGGCACUUGCGUGAGUCCUUGCGCAAGUUUGCUGUGUGGCGCAAAUGCAUUCUGCGAGCCGGAAAAACACGCCGCUUGGUGUCGUUGUCGAGCGGGAUUCGCCGAAGGACCUAGUGGAGAUUGUGUGUCACAAUGCGAAGGAUACAUGUGCGGGCAGGGUGCAAUGUGCAUCGUGUCGACGGCUGGACCAACCUGCAAGUGUCCACCGGGAGAAAUGGGCAAUCCUUUCCCGGGUGGAUCGUGUACCACCGAUCAAUGUUCAACCAGUCGGCCAUGUGCUGAUCCGCAGGUGUGCAUUAAUGGACGCUGCAAGCACAAGUGCGAUGGCAUGGUGUGUGGUGUCGGUGCAACGUGUGACGCCACCAGUGGCAAGUGCAUCUGUGAGCCGUACUUCGUCGGAAAUCCCGAGUACAUCUGCAUGCCACCCGUUUCUUCGCCCGCCUGUGAACCGUCAUGUGGUCAGAACGCACACUGCGAAUACGGAGUGGUGCAGAACCAGUGCGUAUGCAAUCCGGGCACGACUGGCAAUCCGUACGGGUUGUGUGAAGCUCAGCAACGGAACAUGUGCAGCCGGAUGCGCUGUGGUGCGAACGCCGAGUGCCGCGAAACGCUCUCUUCUGCUGAAUGCGUUUGUCCGGGAGGAUUUAGCGGUAACCCGUACGUGGCCUGCCGAGAUGUGGACGAAUGUUCGGCGGCUGGUGUGUGCGGUGAAGGCGCGCUUUGCAUCAAUACCGCUGGAAGCUUUGAUUGCCGCUGUAAGCCGGGUUUCGGUGGCAACCCGUUUGUGGCGUGUUCCGCCAUCGAGAAGAGCGUGUGUGACAACCCGCGUCGGUGUCAAUGUGGCAAGGACCUACGAUGUCCUCCUGGGUACAGCUGCGAACGUGGCACCUGCAAGGACUUGUGCGCUAAGACGACGUGUGGUCCGCGAGCCGCAUGUGACUCGGGACGAUGCGUUUGCCCUCCUGGAUACACGGGCAAUGCGCAAGACCGCACGACGGGCUGUGUGACGGAAGGCCAGUGCGACAGUGACGCGGACUGUGCGAGUUCCGAGAUCUGCUUCCAGUUGGGUAAAAGCGUACGCCGCUGUUUGGACGCCUGCAGCAAAGUGCAGUGUGGUCCGAACGCAUUGUGCGUCUCCAACGAUCACCGGAGCACGUGUAUCUGCGCGCCAAGCUACGUCGGGAACCCGGGCGAUUUGACCGUUGGCUGUCAGCAAGAGGCAAAGUUGGUCGCCGAAUGUCAAGCGGAUGGAGACUGCAAGCCAGGACACGUGUGUACCAUCACGGAGAGUGGACUGCACGCAUGUCUCAACCCGUGCAAUGCCGUCGAGUGUGGUGUGAACGAGGUUUGCACGGUUAACGAUGGCAAACAGCCUGUGUGCCACUGCCAGAGUGGCUAUCGCUGGAAUCCGGUGUCAUCGAGCUGCGUGAAGCCUUCUAUUCCGGACUGCACGACAGACACCGACUGUCAUCAGGUUGCUGCUUGCCGUCCGGAUGCGGUUGGUGUGUUGAAGUGCAUCGCUGUUUGUACGGAGUUCACUUGUCCACCAAACUCGGUGUGUGUGUCUUCGAACCACCGUGGCAGCUGUCAGUGUCUGCCAGGAUACACCGGAAACCCGAACGAUCGUAAUGGAUGUCGACCGGAACAACACAACACUUGUCUGACGAGUGCCGAAUGUGCGGAAUCGGAUGCUUGCAUUAUGCACUCGGGUGCCUUGGCUUGUCGGCCAGCCUGCGAAGGCGUGCAGUGCGGACCUUUUGCACUGUGUAUCACCAAUAACCACAACGCGCAGUGCCAGUGUCCACCUGGAUCGUACGCCGGUGAUCCAUAUGACCUCACCAAGGGCUGUCAGUCGGUGCCGUGUGUGUACAACCGCGACUGCCCGUCGAAUCAGCUAUGCAAUCGUAUGACGCACAGCUGCGUGGAUGUUUGCCAGGAGGACACGUGUGGCGAGAACGCCGUCUGUAUUGCUGAGAACCACCGCUCGGUGUGCCAGUGUCCGCCAGGAUACCGCGCAAACCCCAUUGCCGAAGUCGAAUGCGCGCAGGUGCGAUCCUGCGAACCUAAUCCCUGCCAUCCGACAGCCACUUGUGAUCCUGGACCAGAUGGGUAUGUGUGCAAGUGUCCGAUAGGACAGAUUGGGAACCCUCUCACAGGAUGUCGUCACGAAGGAGCAUGUCCAGGUGGUGACAACGAAUGUCCGGAAGGUGCCGCUUGUGUGCACGGGAAGUGCAUCGAUCCGUGUGUCAACGCAUGUGGCAUUAACUCACAAUGUACCGUCGUGGACCGGAAGCCAGUGUGCAGUUGCAAGACCAAAUACACGCCGGGUGUGACCGGAUCUGCGCGUGAUGGCUGCGUACGACUGAGCAGCGGCUGCUCGAGCGAUUCCGACUGCAAUGGGGACGUUUGUCACGGUGGCCAGUGUAUGGUGGCGUGUCGCAAUUCGAACGAUUGCGCCAACGGAGAACGCUGCCUCAGCAACGUGUGCGCUGUGCCCUGUUCCGCGCAUAGCCAGUGCUCAGAAGGACAGGCGUGUGCGGCUGGUGUUUGUACCGUCGGAUGUCGCAGUAGCCGUGAUUGUAGCGGAUCUACGGCCUGCAUCGAGUACAAGUGUGUGGACCCUUGCAAAGCCGAUCGCAACGCGUGUGGACCGAAUGCGCUUUGUGCAAGUGCCGACCACGUGCCACAAUGCACGUGUCCUGCCGGUUUCGAGGGCAAUCCUUCACCCGAGCAAGGCUGCGUGCGGAUGCCGACGAACUGCGACUCCUCGGCACAGUGCGCCGCAGGACACAUGUGCAUCGCGAACCAGUGCAGUCUGCCCUGCAGCGAGACGACACCAUGCGCCAUUGGCGAGCGUUGCCACAACAGCGUGUGUGCGAAGGUUUGCUACACGAACAAUAAUUGUCUGCCGGGCGAGGUGUGCAGUGAGGCUGGCGUGUGUGUGCCGGGUUGCGGAACCGAUGCGGAUUGUCCAUCGCAGCGCGUUUGUCAGGCCGGAAAAUGCCGAUGUAUGAAGGGUUUUAUUGGAACGCCUUUUGGUUGCACCGAUAUCGAUGAGUGUUCCGAUGAACCGUGCCAUGCAAGUGCCGUGUGUGAGAACAUUCCCGGAUCCUACCGCUGCCAGUGUCCAGAUGGAGCUGUUGGGGAUGCGUACGCCGAUCCGGGAUGUCGGAAACCGAACCAGUGCCGGCGAGACACCGACUGCACUGAUGAGCUGAGUUGUAUCGGGGGCAAAUGUCGCAGCCCGUGCAGUACCAAGGAAUGUGCGCGAAAUGCAGAAUGCCAGGUAGUUGGCCACCGAGCGGAGUGUUUCUGUCCGGCUGGAUACCUCGGUGACGCGGCGGAUCGUGAAACCGGCGUCGGAUGCUUUAAGGUGGAGUGUGUACACAACGAGGACUGCGCCGUGGAUCGUGCCUGCAGCGAAGACUCCAACCGGUGUGUCAACCCGUGUGAGCUGGUCAGCUGUGGCCGGGGCAUGUGUCAGAUUGAAAACCACGAGGCGACGUGUGCCUGUUUCCAAGGGUACGCGUUCGUGAACGGCAAGUGCGAGGAUAUCGACGAAUGUACCGAAGGAUCGAGUCCUUGCCAUGAGAGCGCACUUUGCGAGAACCUGCCCGGUAACUAUCUGUGUUCCUGCCCGGUCGGGCUCGUUGGCGAUCCGGUGGAGACGGGAUGCAAGCGUGCCGACGAGUGCAUUUCACACGAGGACUGCCCCAGUGGAGCUGUGUGCGUGGACGCACACUGCAAGAACCCGUGCGCGGAGAAGAAUGUGUGUGGUGAAAAUGCACUCUGCACGCUGGUCGGUGGCCAGGCACGCUGCGAAUGUCCUUCGACGACACGAGGCGACCCGAAGGUGGCCUGUCGCAAGGUUGAGUGCUCAAGUGCGGACGAAUGCACUGCCGACAGGACGUGCAUAGGACACCGGUGCAUUGAUCCUUGCUCGCUGAAGAGCGCUUGCGGAAGCAGCGCGAGCUGUGUGACCAAGAACCACCUUGCCGUGUGUUCGUGCCAACCGGGUACGACGGGUAAUCCGCUGUUGGGUUGUGUACCGCUACAGUACUGCAACAGUGACCUGCAGUGUCCGACUGGAACGAAGUGCAGCAGUGGUGUGUGCUGCUCACUGUGUGGAACCAACCGUGACUGUUUGGACGAUCAGCUGUGCAUACAGGGCGUUUGCCAACCGACCUGCCGCUCUAAUACGACCUGUCCUGACUUCCAGUACUGCCACAACGGCAUCUGCACGCAGGAAUUCAAGUGUCGCUCGGAUGACGAAUGCGGUCUAGAGGAGAUGUGCAUAACCGACUCUAACGGACGGUCCGAGUGCCGAAAUGCCUGCAACUCGGGUCGCGUGUUGUGCGGACGUAACGCCGAUUGUAACGCACGCAACCACGUGGCCGAGUGCGAAUGCAAGCAAGGAUUCUUCCGAGAUGCUGCUGGCGUUUGUCGCAAGGUUGAAUGUGCCCGAGAUGAGGACUGUUCUUCGGACAAGAUGUGUGACAAUCACGCGUGCAAGAUCGCAUGCCUGGCAAGUGAAGCACCUUGUGGCGCGAAUGCACUGUGUUCGGCUGAAAACCACCGUCAGGUGUGCUACUGUCAGCCGGGUUUUACGGGCGAUCCGCAGCGUGGCUGCUCGCUGAUUGAUUUCUGCAAGGAGCGACCGUGUGCCGCAAACGCGAAGUGCCGCAACAGCCGCGGUUCGUACAGGUGUUCCUGUCCGGCUGGGCUCGUGGGUGAUCCCUACCAGGGAGGCUGCAAGAGAGCGGCCGAAUGUGAACGGAACAGCGAUUGCCCGGAUGCGGCCGAGUGCGUGCAGGUGAACGGUGAAUCGAAGUGUCGGGAUGUUUGUGCUGGUGUGUUGUGCGGUCCGAAUGCCGAGUGCACCGCCCGUAAACAUACUGGGGAGUGCCGGUGCCGGUCGCAGUUCGAGGGCGAUCCAAAGGAUCUCAAUAAUGGCUGCAAAUCGAAGCCACUCUCGUGCAAGCGCAACAAUGACUGUCCGGAGAACUCGUACUGCCACGGACAGAUCUGCAAACCGGCCUGCUCCGAAACCGACGAAUGUAACCAGGAUGAGGUGUGCUCGAACGGGCAAUGUAUCAAUCCGUGCUACGAACCUAAUGCAUGUGGAAUGAACGCCGAAUGUCUGAUGGGUGCACACGAGAAACAGUGCUCCUGUCCGGCAGGAUUCACGGGAGAUUCGGCAGUUGAAUGUGUGCGAGUUCCGAUAUCGUGUGCCGCGACCGCUGAUUGCGUGGAUGGUAGCGUCUGCAAGGAGUCAAUGUGUCUGCCUCGAUGUAGAAGCGAUCAGGAAUGUGCACAGAACGAAAAGUGCCUGCAGGGCAGCUGUAUGCUAACAUGCCGGCUGGAUAAUGACUGCUUCCUGGGACACAUUUGCUUGAGCGGACGAUGCAUUUACGGAUGUCAUGCAGACAGUGACUGCAGUGCCAGUGAAACUUGCCGCGAUAAUCGGUGUAUCAAUCCGUGCUCGGACAACCCGUGCGGACCGAAUGCCGCCUGUACCGUUGUGAACCAUCGAGCAAGCUGCUCAUGCUUCACCGGCAUGGUACCAAGCCCAACCGCAAAGGUGGGCUGCGUGCGAGCACCGGCCCUGCAAUGUACCGAGAACCGGGACUGUGCCGAUGGAACCUCUUGCAUCGAUCGACUCUGCCGACCGGUCUGUGGCAACGAUCAAGGAUGCCUCAACAACGAACGCUGCGAUGGUGGUUCAUGCAAGCCAAUCUGUCGCAAGGACGAUGACUGCCGUACGGGCGAGAUAUGUCAAGGACAAACGUGCAUGAUUGGAUGUCGAUCGGACGGAGGCUGUGCAGAUCACUUAGCGUGCGUUGGUCAACAGUGCUCGGAUCCUUGUCAAGAACCUACGGCUUGCGGCACGAACGCAGAGUGCAGAAUGGUUGCCCAUAAGAAACAGUGCGCCUGUUCGCAGGGGCUAGUGGGUGAUCCGUUUGGGCUGGGUUGUCGUCAGGAGACACACCUGUGCCAGACACGCACAGAUUGUCCCAAGGGCCAGGCAUGCUACGGAGGCACGUGUUUGCAGACGUGCCGCAACGACCAGAACUGUCUAGCGGACGAGCGAUGUGUUCGUGGCACCUGCCGUACGGUGUGCAAUAGUGACGCAUCCUGCGGAAACGGGCUCAUCUGCGAAGGGCGCAUCUGCCAGGCGGGCUGCCGAUCCGACAACCAGUGCGAUAACAAUCAGGCGUGCAUCAACAAAAAGUGCACGGAUCCUUGUGCAACGCUCGGCCAGUGUGGAUCCUGCUCCGAGUGCACGGUCAUCGAUCACGGGGUGCAGUGCAGCUGCCCUCACGGGUACCUUGGCAAUCCGCUGUUAUCCUGCAGUCCACCUGCGGAGAAGUGCAAUGCACAGUGUAAAUGCGACGAUGACGGUAUGUACUGCGUGAAGAGCUGUCGCCAGCAUAAGGACUGUGGUUGCGGACAGACCUGCCAACGAGGCAAGUGCCUGACCAAAUGCAAUCCGGGCAACUGUCCGGCGGGAUUGCUGUGUCAAAACGGAGCUUGUACGACGGGAUGCCGCACGAACGCCGACUGUCCCAGCGAUCGGUCAUGCACCAACGGUAGGUGUGUCGAUCCGUGCGCGGGAGGUAAAUCGUGUGGUCGGGACGCCCUCUGUCAGGUGUCCGAUCAUCGCUCGUUGUGCCUGUGCCCGGAUGGGUUCCAAGGAGAUCCGGCCGUGGGUUGCGUGCAGUACGAGUGCCAAACCAACGACGACUGCGAGCUGGACAAGAAGUGUGCUAACGGAAAGUGUAUCAACCCGUGUCUGACACCGGGAGCUUGCGGUCUGAAUGCGCAAUGCCGCGUCGUGAACCGGCAGGCGCAGUGUAGCUGCACGCCGGGCUUCUUUGGCAAUGCGCGCCAGGAAUGCCAACCGGUGCAGAAGAACAGCUGCGCUCAGAAUCCCUGCGGCGAUAACACCGUCUGCCGGGAGGAUGAGCAAGGUUACGAGUGCUCUUGUCAGCCGGGUUGCGUAGGCGAUCCUCGCAAGGGUUGUCUGUGUGAGGGUAAACUCAAAAAGGACGAUUGCGAACAGUAUGCGUGUGGCACAAAUGCUGUCUGUCGUAUGACGGAAUGGGGAGCACCGUCUUGCGUUUGUUUGCCGACACAUCCACAUGGGGAUCCGUACAUGACAUGUGAGUUUUGCACUACUCCUUCACACCACGAUGUCGAUGUCGACUGUCGAACGGCGGGUUGUGUCGAGGGCGAGUGUGUUCGUGACGGGACUAAAUUUAUCUGUCGGAAAGAACUCGGAUGUCGACAUAGUCACGAGUGUCCUUUGGAUCGAUCAUGCGUAAAUGGAGUUUGUGUUGAUCCAUGUCGAUCAGGCAAUCCGUGCGAUACUGGAGAAGAAUGUGAAGUUCAAAAUCACGAAACGGUUUGCGAUACUGAUCGUACUACUGGUUGCGAACAUUGCCCUCCAGGAAUUCCAUGUGACCCAAUAACGGGAGGCUGUGUUAAGGUCCAAUGCACCACAAACGACGAAUGUGCACUGACGGAAGCUUGUGUUGGAAACGUAUGCCAUCGGCCGUGCGAUGUAAAAAAUCCAUGUACAACUAAUGCUGUCUGCAUCAAUACCAAUCAUGGUACUGAUUGUAGUUGCAUUGACGGCUACCACGGCAAUGGUUUUGUGCAAUGCGUACCAGGUAGGAUACAUUCCGAUACUGGCUCUGUAUGUCAGUACAACGAAGAUUGUCCACCAGAUAAGCUUUGCGAUCGAUUGAACCGCGUGUGUGUCAAUCCAUGUCAGAGCGACUCUUGUGGAGAAAAUGCCGAUUGCUACGCAGUUAAUCAUGGUAUUGACUGUCGCUGUUGGGCAGGAUACACUGGAAACGCUUACAUACAAUGUUCGAAACAUCAAGGCUGCUUAUCAGAUCGUCAGUGUAAUGACGACGAAGCGUGCAUCAGCGGACGCUGCUCGUCACCUUGCCAAUGUGGACCAAAUGCAAUGUGCGACGUAAAGAGACACAAGGCCGUUUGUCGCUGCCCACCGGGAUAUGGAGGUAAUGCUCGUACAGGAUGCAAUCCGCCAACUAAUCCGUGUGUUCCGAAUCCAUGUGGCGUGAAUGCUAUGUGUGAAGUGGAUAAUGGCAGUCCAGUAUGUUUCUGUCCACGUGGCCUUACAGGAAAUCCAUUCAAGAAUUGCAUUCCAGAAGGUGAUGAGUGUACUCCAAACCCAUGCGGACCAAACUCAGGAUGUCGAAAGAUAAACGGCAAAGCCACAUGUUUCUGUUUGCCAGAAUUUGAAGGAAACCCGCCACAGACUCCGUGUACCCUGCCGCAAAAUCCGUGCAUACCAUCUCCAUGUGGUCCGAAUACGCAAUGUACGAUACUUAGUAAUGGAUAUGCCAAAUGUACGUGCGUACCUGGUUAUAUUGAAAGCCCAAACACGAUUCGUGGAUGCGUAGAACCUUCAAGUCCUUGCGAUCCGAAUCCUUGUGGAUUUGGUGCAGUCUGUGACGCAACGCGCAAUCCGGUGUGCUACUGCCCGGAUUCGAUGAUUGGCAAUCCUUAUCGUAGCUGCCUUGAGCCCGUUAUGACGCCGGAAUUGUGUCAACCUGGCCCGUGCGGUCCGAAUGCCGAUUGCUACGUUGCAGAGGGCAGAGAACAAUGCUACUGUAAGCCGAACUUUAUUGGAGAUCCGUAUGGAGGAUGCGUAGAACAACCGCAAUCAGUUUGCGAACCGAACCCAUGCGCGCCGGGUGCCGAAUGUGUCCUGCUAGUAGAUGGGUCCCCGGGAUGUCGAUGCCCACCAGGGCUGAGCGGAGAUCCAACAACAACCGGCUGCCAUGCCUUUGAAUGCUUGAGCGAUGAUCAAUGUGCGGAGGACAAGGCUUGCAUUGGAUUGCGCUGUUCCGAUCCGUGUCCGGGAUCUUGUGGAGCUGGAGCGCAUUGUCGAGUGGAUAAACAUCAUCCAGUGUGCUUCUGCGAUGCUGGUCUGACAGGAAAUCCUGCCAUACAAUGUUACAGUUUGGACGAAAGACCUCGAGAUGCUUGUAAUCCUAGCCCAUGUGGCGCGAAUUCCCGAUGCACAGUGAGGAACAAGCGUCCGAUUUGUAAAUGCUUACCAAAUUAUCACGGCGAUCCCCGCAAAGGAUGUACGCCAGAAUGUGACAUUAAUUCCGACUGCACACCGGACAAGUCUUGCGUCAAUCAUAAAUGUGUUUCACCAUGCGCGUUAGGUACAGUGUGCGGUGUUAAUGCCGAGUGUAGCGUAAACUAUCAUACGCCAAUGUGCAAAUGUCCAUCAGGCUACACUGGAGAUGCGUUUGUGCAGUGCGUUCCAAUACCGGAGGAUAGAAACAUGACGAGGCAACCGUGCUCAUCUGAUCCUUGUGGACCUGGAGAAAUUUGCUCUAUUUAUGGUAACGAUGUGGCCUUAUGUGAUCCGUGCGUUGCACCGGAUGCUGUACAUAAUCCAAGAUGCCGUCCACAAUGCGUGCUGAACACGGACUGUCCGUUCAAUAUGGCCUGUCUGCAAUCGCAAUGUCAGGAUCCCUGUCCUGGAUCAUGCGGCUACAACGCGCACUGUACAGUGGAACGUCAUCGACCGAUCUGUUACUGUCCUUCGAACAUGCACGGAAACCCGUAUGAAAGUUGUGCGCCCCAAGAGAGCCCUCGCGAAACUUGUGAUAGCAUACGAUGCGGAGCAAACACUCAAUGCAAGCAGCAGAAUGGCGUGCUAGCAUGCGUAUGUAAGAAAAAUUACUACGGAGAUCCUCUAGUUGGCUGCCGACCAGAAUGCGUCGUGAACACGGAUUGUUCGAUAAGUAAAGCGUGUGUGAAUUCUCGCUGCGUUGACCCAUGCGUUGAUGCGUGUGGUGUGAAUGCACAGUGCAAAGUCGUAAAUCAUUUGCCAAUUUGUUUCUGUCCGCCAACCCACACUGGUGAUGCACUUAUCGCAUGUACUGAGCGUACUUAUCUGCCUCCCGACAACACGCCUUGUGACCCGAAUCCAUGUGGGCCGAACAGCAAAUGCCGUACCACGCCUGAUGGUUAUGCAAUUUGCUCAUGUUUACCAGGGUACCGGGGAGUGCCUCCUGCCUGCCAAGCUGAAUGUAUGAUCAACGCAGAGUGUGCUCAGAACAAGGCAUGCAUCAAUCUAAAAUGCGCCGAUCCCUGUCCUGGAACAUGUGGCGUAGGAGCGCGGUGUGAAGUGCUUAACCAUAAUCCGAUAUGCAGUUGCGGACCAAAUCAGCAAGGAGAUCCGUUUGUAAUUUGUGAAUCGAGGCAAAAUGAGCCGCCGGUCGAGCCGAAGAAUCCCUGUGACCCGUCUCCCUGCGGACCGAAUUCGAUUUGUCAAGUACGCAGCCGGCGACCGGUAUGUUCUUGUCAACCGAACUUUGUUGGUUCGCCUCCAAGCUGUAGACCAGAGUGUGUGCUAAGUUCAGAAUGCCCACAAGAUAAGGCUUGUAUCAAUGACAAGUGCCAAAACCCGUGUGCUAAUGCAUGUGGACCUAACGCGGACUGUCACGUUGUCGCGCAUUCGGCGUUCUGUAGCUGUCGCGCAGGAUUUGAGGGAGAUGCUUUCAUUGGAUGCUCGGCUGUACCAAAAGAUACACCGAAAGAUGUUUGCUACCCUAACCCAUGUGCAGAAAAUGCAGUAUGCAGUGAGUACAAUGGUGCAGCCAAAUGUGUGUGCAUUACUCCAUACCUUGGCGAUCCUUACAAUACCGGAUGUCGUCCCGAGUGUGUACUGAACUCUGAUUGUCCCAGCAACAUGGCAUGCGUGAACCAACACUGUCGUGACCCUUGCCCAGGUGUGUGCGGUACAAACGCCGACUGCACAGUAGCAAACCAUAUACCGGUGUGUGAAUGUACUCGUGGAUAUGUGGGUGAUCCAUUCCGUGGCUGCCGAAAGGAUAUACCAACGAUAGCUCCAAAAGAUCCAUGCGCUUCUUGUCCAUCGAACAGCGUUUGUCGUGUGGUCGGAGGAAGACCGACUUGUUCCUGCGCCGAGGGUUACCGUGGUACGCCACCGGCGUGCAGACCGGAAUGCUCUAGUAGUGAAGAAUGUGCGCAUGAUAAGAGCUGCAUAAAUUUGAAAUGCAAAGAUCCAUGUCCCGGACUGUGUGGCAUUAAUGCGCAAUGUCAGGUCAUCAAUCACAAACCGUUCUGCAGUUGUCAGCGAGAUAUGAUUGGUAAUCCAUUCGAGCAGUGUUACCCCAAGGCGGCGGAACCAGUGCAUCCUUGUCAGCCAAGCCCAUGUGGAGCGUAUUCGGAGUGUCGCGAAAUUGAUAAUCGUGCUGUGUGCACAUGUGCAGCCGGUAUGCUCGGAGCUCCUCCUAAUUGCAGGCCGGAGUGCGAAACCGAUCAAGAUUGUCCGUCAAACCGCGCAUGUUUCAAUCAAAAGUGUCGUGAUCCGUGCGUUGGAUCUUGUGGAUAUAAUGCGCAGUGCAUUUCUCGUAAUCACCGACCUGAAUGCUAUUGUGUCGAUGGUUUCGAAGGGGAUCCAUACAGCGCAAUUAAACGAGACGAAAUAAUUGAUCCGUGCAAUCCGUCACCCUGCGGAUCUAACGCAAUCUGCCAAGAGCGCAACAGUGCCGGCUCAUGCUCAUGCAUGCCCAAUUAUUUCGGUGAUCCAUACGUCAACUGCCGACCGGAAUGUGUGCAAAGUACAGAGUGUCCGUCCUCCAAGGCAUGUGUAAACAUGCGCUGUGUUGAUCCAUGCCUUGGCACGUGCGGUAUAAAUAGCGAAUGUCGUGUACAUAACCACUCGCCGUUCUGUAGCUGUAGUCCUGGCUAUACUGGCAAUCCAUCACAGGCUUGCCGUCCUCUCGUAGUAGAAAACCUUCCGUCCCGACAUCCUAUCGAUCCUUGUUCUCCCUCCCCGUGCGGUCCAUAUAGCAUCUGCAGGGUGCUAGACGGUCAUCCAGUAUGUUCGUGUCAGAUAAGUUGUUCCGGUGUUCCUCCAAACUGCCGCCCCGAAUGUCUAAUCAAUGCAGAAUGUCCUCGUGAUAGAACGUGUAUCAACCAACGAUGCAUUGAUCCUUGUCCAGGCACUUGUGGUAUAAAUGCGCGAUGCCGUGUAGUGAACCACAAUCCUAUCUGCAGCUGCAAUGCUGGAUUCAUUGGUGAUCCAUUUGUACAAUGCUCACCAGAGCCAAAACAACCGGUCUUAGAAGAAGAAUACAGGAACCCUUGCCAGCCAUCCCCAUGUGGAGUGAACUCAUUGUGCAAGGUGCACGACAAUAGAGCCGUUUGUUCAUGCUUACCAAACUACGUUGGCCGGCCGCCAAAUUGUCGACCCGAAUGUACUAUAGAUUCCGAAUGUCCUAUGAAUUUGGCGUGCAUCAAUGAAAAAUGUCGUAAUCCAUGCCUCGGAUCUUGUGGAGUGAAUACUGAAUGCGCCGUAGUGGCACAUAAACCCUUGUGUAGCUGCGUACCAAGCUAUACCGGCGAUCCUUUUGCUGGGUGCACGAUAAUUCAGAUUAUUCCACAAGAAACACCUAUGCCGUGUAACCCAAGCCCAUGUGGAGCAAAUGCUAUAUGCAAAGAACGUAAUGGUGCAGGAUCAUGCACUUGUGCACCGGAGUACUUUGGCGAUCCUUAUGUUGGAUGUCGUCCGGAGUGUGUUAUGAACAGCGACUGUCCAAGAACGCGUUCUUGUAUUAAUAACAAAUGCCAAGAUCCAUGCCCAGGAACAUGUGGUGCUAACUCCGAAUGCCAUGUUGUGAAUCACUCUCCGAGCUGCGUAUGUGUCGCUGGUUAUAUAGGAAAUCCGUUUACCGAAUGUAGACCACAACCAGAAAGUAAGAAAUUACGAGAGCCUCUCGUUCAACCGUGUCAGCCAUCGCCAUGUGGUCCGAAUAGUAUUUGCCGCGUGCUAAAUAAUCACGCCGUUUGUACUUGCAUUCAAGACUACAUUGGUUCACCGCCAAACUGUCGUCCAGAAUGUAUGGUCAGUUCGGAGUGUCCGCUAGACAAGUCUUGUGUUAAGACUAAGUGCACGGACCCAUGUCCUGGUACUUGCGGUUUUAACGCGCGAUGUCAGGUAGUGAACCACAAUCCGAUUUGCAGUUGCAAGGCUGGCUUCACCGGGGAUCCAUUUGUGCGAUGUAUACCAGAAGAACGUCGUCCAGUUUUGGAAGAAACGCCCGCUGAUCCAUGCAUGCCGUCCCCGUGUGGACCAAAUUCACAAUGCAAAUCAGUUGGUCGUACUGCUGCCUGUAGUUGUUUGCCUAAUUACAUCGGACGUGCCCCUAAUUGUCGCCCCGAGUGCACGUCUAACUCACAGUGCAUACCAAUGAAGGCUUGUAUCAAUGAACGGUGUAGCGAUCCCUGCCCAGGAUCCUGUGGCUCUAACGCACUCUGCGCAGUGCAAAAUCAUCAGCCAAACUGUCGUUGUGUUGCCGGAUAUGAAGGUGAUCCAUACACCUCCUGUUCUCCAGUCAUAAGUAAGCUCAACUGAACAAUGAAAGUCACGUAUCCUUGCAAUCCUUCUCCAUGUGGUGUGAACGCUGAAUGUAAUGUUCGCAACAAUGCCGGAUCGUGCACAUGUGUGCAGGAUUACUUUGGCGAUCCAUACCAUGAGUGUCGUCCCGAGUGUAUGCUUAGCUCGGAUUGUCCGAAAACCAGAGCAUGUUUAAACAACAAAUGUGUCGACCCAUGCCCGGGAAUGUGUGGAAUAAAUGCGGAGUGCUUCGUUUUGAACCACUCGCCAUCUUGCUCUUGCCUUCCGGGAUACACUGGAAAUCCAUCUCUAGCAUGUCGUGAAAUACCAAAACAAAUUGAACACACUCCUGUUGAUCCCUGCCGACCUUCGCCUUGUGGGCCGUACAGCCAAUGUCGCAAUGUAAACGAUCAUGCUGUAUGCUCGUGCCAGAGUAACUAUAUCGGUACACCACCAGCUUGCCGACCAGAAUGUACAGUUAGCUCUGAGUGCGUUUUGGAUAAGGCUUGUAUUAAGCAAUCAUGCUUGGACCCUUGCCCCGGAACGUGCGGUUUUAAUGCGCGCUGCACGGUGGUGAAUCACAAUCCCAUCUGUAGCUGCCCAUCCAGCUUCACGGGCGAUCCAUUCGAGCGUUGCGUACCUGAAGAAAAGCAAGUAGUUUCGGCUGAACCUACAAAUCCAUGCCUUCCUUCUCCGUGUGGACCGAAUUCGCAAUGCCGAGCGGUUGGAAACGUUCCGGCAUGUUCCUGUCUGCCUAACUAUGUUGGUCGGGCGCCGAACUGUCGCCCGGAAUGUACAAUAAAUGCGGAAUGCUCUGGGAAUCUUGCCUGCAUCAAUGAAAAAUGCGCUGAUCCAUGUCCGGGAUCAUGCGGUCCAAACGCCGUCUGUCGUGUAAUUGAUCACUCUCCUACCUGCUCCUGCCAAACCGGAUAUACAGGGGAUCCUUUCUCUGGCUGUACAGUUAUUCCUUUAACACCUGUACCUGAAGAGCCUCGAAAUCCGUGUAACCCAUCGCCCUGUGGAUCGAACGCGGUAUGCAAGGAACGAAAUGGUGCUGGAUCAUGCACCUGCUUGUCGGAUUACUUUGGUGAUCCGUACAGCGGCUGUCGACCGGAAUGCGUCACCAAUAGUGAUUGUCCUCGCGUGAUGGCUUGCGUGAAUAAUAAGUGCGCCGACCCUUGUCCUGGUGUUUGCGGUAUUGAUGCCGAAUGUUACGUAGUAAAUCAUUCGCCUAGUUGCGCAUGCCGACCAGGCUUUACUGGUGAUCCAUUUUCGCAGUGUCGCCCGGAUGAGCAACCCAAACAAAAUGAUCCUAUCAAUCCGUGCUCUCCGUCCCCUUGUGGGCCGAAUAGCAUCUGUCGAGAAUUGAACGGUCAUGCCGUCUGCACAUGCCAGGCGAAUUUUAUCGGCACACCACCAAAUUGUCGACCGGAGUGCAUUGUGAGUUCUGAAUGCGCCCUUGAUAAAGCGUGCAUAGGACAAAAAUGCAGUGAUCCAUGCCCGGGUACUUGUGGUCAAAAUGCACGUUGUCAAGUUGUGAAUCAUAACCCAAUUUGCAGCUGCUCUCUUGGUUUCACCGGCGAUCCAUUCGUACGCUGCGUGCCUGUCGAAAUAGAGGCACCGGUGGUGCAAGAUCCAGUUGAUCCAUGCGUUCCGUCACCUUGUGGACCCAAUUCAGUCUGCCGAGCCAUUGGGUCGACACCUGCUUGUUCUUGUUUACCGAAUUACAUCGGCCGAGCUCCAAACUGCCGUCCGGAGUGCAUGCUAAAUGCCGAAUGCCCAGCUACAUUGGCAUGUGUAAAUGAAAGAUGUUCUAACCCAUGUGUAGGCUCUUGUGGUGUUAACACACGUUGUACAGUAGUUAAGCACAAUCCGAUCUGCGAGUGCGAGGGUGGAUUCACCGGAGAUCCAUUCUCCGUCUGUACAGAAAUGUUGCCCAUACGCGAUGUUGAGCCAAUCAAUCCAUGCAAUCCAUCACCGUGUGGAGCAAAUGCGGUAUGCAAGGAGAGAAAUGGCGCUGGAUCAUGUACGUGCAUGCCAGAAUAUUUCGGAGAUCCUUACACAGGAUGUCGCCCAGAAUGCGUUCACAACACGGAUUGUGAAAAGUCUAAGGCUUGUGUAAACAACAAAUGUCGUGAUCCUUGCCCUGGAGUGUGUGGGCUGAAUGCAGAAUGUGUCGUACAUAACCACAGUCCCGUGUGCUACUGUUUGGAGGGUUACACUGGAGAUCCGUCUAAUAGUUGCACAUUGGCUGAAAUUGUGACCGAACGACCCAAAACGCCUGGUUGCCAACCGUCACCGUGCGGACCAAAUAGUCAAUGUCGAGAAAUUAAUGGACACCCGGUGUGUUCUUGCUUGGCUGGAUACAUUGGCACACCACCAAUGUGUCGUCCGGAAUGCGUUGUGAGCUCGGAAUGCAGUCAGGAUCGCGCGUGCGUUAACAAAAAAUGCGUCGAUCCAUGUCCAGGAACAUGUGGAACAGAUGCCCGCUGCCAGGUUGUCAAUCACAACCCAAUAUGUAGUUGUCCUCCAGGUUUUACCGGGGAUCCGUUCAUACAAUGCGUGAAGAAAGAGGAACCAAAAGAUAUUCCCCCAGUGAAUCCGUGCGUACCAUCGCCAUGUGGGCCAAAUGCUAACUGCCGUGCCGUUGGAGGUCAGCCAGCAUGUUCAUGUGCGCCGAACUAUAUUGGUAGGCCUCCAAACUGUCGCCCGGAGUGUACGAGAGACGCAGAAUGUCCUAGCAAUUUAGCCUGCCAAAGCGAGCGAUGUCUCGAUCCCUGCUCGAUUGGUUGUGGAUCAAACGCUAUAUGUCGGGUGAUCAAUCACAAACCAGUCUGUACAUGCGAUGAUGGUUUCGAGGGAAAUCCACUUGAACAAUGUAGUCGUAUACUACCACCUACAACUGAAAGACUCACGCCUUGUACACCUUCACCUUGCGGACCAAAUGCGGAAUGCCGUGAACGUAACAAUGCAGGAGCAUGUUACUGUAUGUCGGGUUACGAAGGAAAUCCCUAUGAUGUAUUUUCUGGCUGCCGUCGUGAGUGCGAUGUAAAUGCGGAUUGUCCAGAUAAAUUGGCGUGUGUGCAAUACAAGUGUGUUGACCCGUGUCCCGGAGUGUGUGGGUCAUUGGCAUUGUGUGAAAUUCAAAAUCACGUUCCAACUUGUAUCUGUCCUGAGGGUAUGGAAGGCGAUCCGUUUGUUCAAUGCAACCAUCGUUUGGCAGACCCGGUAACACCGGCACCACCCGUAUGUGACAAGUUCACGUGUGGGCCAAACAGUAUCUGUCGCAUUCAAAAUGGAGUAGCCGUCUGCAAAUGUCAGCCAGAUAUGACUGGCAGCCCGCCAAAUUGUCGACCUGAAUGUCAACAAAAUAGUGACUGCGAAGCAAAUCGCGCGUGUGUUAACUUCAAGUGUAUCGAUCCUUGCCCUGGUUCGUGCGGCCAGAAUGCCAACUGCAACAUUAUCAACCAUAAUCCAAUCUGCAGCUGUGCGCCUGGUUUCACUGGUGAUCCUUUCACUCGUUGCUACAAAGAAGUCGUGCCCACCUCAACAACCGAAACGCCUCGCACAUUGUGCUUACCAUCACCCUGUGGACCAAACGCCGAAUGUAAAGUUGUUGGCAAUCGAGAGGCAUGUUCGUGCUUAUCCGGAUAUAUAGGCGCGCCGCCGAACUGCAGACCAGAAUGCAUUUUAAGUACAGAAUGUCCAGAUCAUCAAGCAUGCAUUAGACAAAAGUGUACUGAUCCUUGCCCAGGAUCUUGCGGAUUGAACGCCAAAUGCUCUGUGUCACGGCAUACACCGAGCUGCAGCUGUGAAGCGGGAUAUACUGGUGAUCCAUUUACCGGAUGUCAAGCAGUUAUCGAAGAUGAACCAAUACUAAAUCCAUGCAAUCCCAGUCCAUGCGGAGCCAAUGCUCAGUGCAGGGAGCAAAACGGUGCAGGGGCAUGUACUUGCAUUGAGGAUCAUUUCGGAAACCCCUACGAAGGAUGUCGUCCGGAAUGUGUACUCAAUUCGGACUGCCCAUCGAACAGGGCUUGCGUCAGGAACAAGUGCCAAGACCCGUGUCCUGGCACCUGCGGCCAGAACGCUGACUGUCAGGUUGUGAAUCACCUACCGUCGUGUACUUGCUUCCCUGGAUACGAGGGAGAUCCGUUCAGAUAUUGUAACAUCGAACAAAGAGAACCGGUAAAAGAAUACGUCAACCCUUGCCAACCGAGUCCCUGCGGGCCAAACAGCCAAUGUCGGGAGAUCAAUGGGCAGGCAGUUUGCUCGUGUUUGCCUACCUACGUUGGUUCUCCUCCGGGAUGUCGCCCAGAAUGUGUGGUGAGCUCGGAAUGUGCCUUAGACAAGGCUUGCGUCAACCAGAAAUGCGUUGAUCCAUGUCCUGGAACAUGUGGAACCAACGCAAGGUGCAACGUCAAUAACCACAGUCCCAUUUGCUCAUGUCAGUCAGGAUUUACUGGUGAUCCGUUCACUCGAUGCUAUCCAAUUCCACCUCCGGUUCAAGACACGCCAAUCGUUGUGAGAAAUCCAUGCGUUCCUUCUCCGUGCGGUCCAAACUCACAAUGUCGCGAUGCGAACGGUUCUCCUUCUUGUUCAUGCUUAAGUAACUACAUUGGAUCACCUCCGAAUUGCCGGCCUGAGUGCUCAAUCAACGCGGAAUGUCCAAGUAAUCAGGCUUGCAUGAACGAGAAGUGUCGAGACCCGUGUCCCGGAUCAUGUGGCAUCAACGCGAGGUGUAACGUUAUAAAUCACACGCCCAUAUGCUCUUGUGAAGUAGGAUACACAGGAGAUCCCUUCACCAGCUGUAGGCCAAUGCCACCGCCACUCAACGACGAUCCUUGCAAUCCAUCGCCCUGUGGAGCAAACGCACAAUGUCAGAAUGGUAUUUGCACAUGCUUGCCAGAAUACCAAGGCGAUCCGUACCGAGGCUGCAGGCCCGAGUGCGUUUUGAACUCGGACUGCGCUCGGGAUAGGGCCUGUAUUCGUAGCAAAUGUGUAGAUCCGUGCCCGGGUACGUGUGGUCAAGAUGCACUGUGCGAAGUGAUCAAUCAUAUUCCGAUGUGCCGAUGUCCGGAUGGAAUGGCUGGAAAUGCAUUCGUACAGUGUCGACCGCAGCAAGCCCCGGCCGUGACUAACCCAUGUAGUCCAUCGCCUUGCGGGCCUAACAGCCAGUGUCGCGAAAUCAACGGACAAGCCGUGUGCUCCUGUGUUCCAGGGUACAUUGGUAGCCCUCCGACGUGUCGUCCGGAGUGCGUUGUAAGUGCAGAAUGCCCACAGAACCAAGCUUGUACCAACCAGAAAUGUAGGGAUCCUUGUCCUGGAACCUGUGGAGUGGGUGCCAGAUGCUCGGUUGUGAAUCAUAAUCCGAUCUGCAGCUGCCCCGAAAGAUACACUGGUGAUCCGUUCGUGCGUUGCCAGCCGAUGAUCGAACCUCCAGUACAAAUGACCCCAACCAAUCCAUGUCAACCAUCUCCUUGCGGACCAAAUGCACAGUGCCGUGCAGUAGGUGACUCCCCAUCUUGUACAUGUAUAGAGGGCAUGAUAGGCGCCCCGCCGAAUUGCCGUCCGGAAUGUAUUAGCAACUCCGAUUGCUCAAACAACUUGGCAUGCAUACGACAAAAGUGCCAAGAUCCAUGUCCAGGAGCGUGUGGCGCAAAUGCGGAAUGUAGGGUUGUGAGCCAUACUCCGAUGUGCAUUUGUGCUGUUGGAUACACUGGCGACCCCUUCACGCAAUGCGUUCCAUUCCAACAAGAUGCACCCAAAGACCAAACGACACCUUGUCUGCCCAACCCUUGCGGAGCCAAUGCUCAGUGCAGGGAGCAAAACGGUGCUGGAGCGUGUACGUGUAUUGAGGAUCAUUUCGGAAACCCCUACGAAGGAUGUCGUCCAGAAUGUGUACUCAAUUCGGACUGCCCAUCGAACAGGGCUUGCGUCAGGAACAAGUGCCAAGACCCGUGUCCUGGCACCUGCGGCCAGAACGCUGACUGUCAGGUUGUGAAUCACCUACCGUCGUGUACUUGCUUCCCUGGAUACGAGGGAGAUCCGUUCAGAUAUUGUAACAUCGAACCUCCUAUUUGCACUGCAGCGGUAAAAGAAUACGUCAACCCUUGCCAACCGAGUCCCUGCGGGCCAAACAGCCAAUGUCGGGAGAUCAAUGGGCAGGCAGUUUGCUCGUGUUUGCCUACCUACGUUGGUUCUCCUCCGGGAUGUCGCCCAGAAUGUGUGGUGAGCUCGGAAUGUGCCUUAGACAAGGCUUGCGUCAACCAGAAAUGCGUUGAUCCAUGUCCUGGAACAUGUGGAACCAACGCAAGGUGCAACGUCAAUAACCACAGUCCCAUUUGCUCAUGUCAGUCAGGAUUUACUGGUGAUCCGUUCACUCGAUGCUAUCCAAUUCCACCUCCGGUUCAAGACACGCCAAUCGUUGUGAGAAAUCCAUGCGUUCCUUCUCCGUGCGGUCCAAACUCACAAUGUCGCGAUGCGAACGGUUCUCCUUCUUGUUCAUGCUUAAGUAACUACAUUGGAUCACCUCCGAAUUGCCGGCCUGAGUGCUCAAUCAACGCGGAAUGUCCAAGUAAUCAGGCUUGCAUGAACGAGAAGUGUCGAGACCCGUGUCCCGGAUCAUGUGGCAUCAACGCGAGGUGUAACGUUAUAAAUCACACGCCCAUAUGCUCUUGUGAAGUAGGAUACACAGGAGAUCCCUUCACCAGCUGUAGGCCAAUGCCACCGCCACAACCCCUUCGUCCAACAGCGCCCGAACCAGUCAACGACGAUCCUUGCAAUCCAUCGCCCUGUGGAGCAAACGCACAAUGUCAGAAUGGUAUUUGCACAUGCUUGCCAGAAUACCAAGGCGAUCCGUACCGAGGCUGCAGGCCCGAGUGCGUUUUGAACUCGGACUGCGCUCGGGACAGGGCCUGUAUUCGUAGCAAAUGUGUAGAUCCGUGCCCGGGUACGUGUGGUCAAGAUGCACUGUGCGAAGUGAUCAAUCAUAUUCCGAUGUGCCGAUGUCCGGAUGGAAUGGCUGGAAAUGCAUUCGUACAGUGUCGACCGCAGCAAGCCCCGGCCGUGACUAACCCAUGUAGUCCAUCGCCUUGCGGGCCUAACAGCCAGUGUCGCGAAAUCAACGGACAAGCCGUGUGCUCCUGUGUUCCAGGGUACAUUGGUAGCCCUCCGACGUGUCGUCCGGAGUGCGUUGUAAGUGCAGAAUGCCCACAGAACCAAGCUUGUACCAACCAGAAAUGUAGGGAUCCUUGUCCUGGAACCUGUGGAGUGGGUGCCAGAUGCUCGGUUGUGAAUCAUAAUCCGAUCUGCAGCUGCCCCGAAAGAUACACUGGUGAUCCGUUCGUGCGUUGCCAGCCGAUGAUCGAACCUCCAGUACAAAUGACCCCAACCAAUCCAUGUCAACCAUCUCCUUGCGGACCAAAUGCACAGUGCCGUGCAGUAGGUGACUCCCCAUCUUGUACAUGUAUAGAGGGCAUGAUAGGCGCCCCGCCGAAUUGCCGUCCGGAAUGUAUUAGCAACUCCGAUUGCUCAAACAACUUGGCAUGCAUACGACAAAAGUGCCAAGAUCCAUGUCCAGGAGCGUGUGGCGCAAAUGCGGAAUGUAGGGUUGUGAGCCAUACUCCGAUGUGCAUUUGUGCUGUUGGAUACACUGGCGACCCCUUCACGCAAUGCGUUCCAUUCCAACAAGAUGCACCCAAAGACCAAACGACACCUUGUCUGCCCAACCCUUGCGGAGCCAAUGCUCAGUGCAGGGAGCAAAACGGUGCUGGAGCGUGUACGUGUAUUGAGGAUCAUUUCGGAAACCCCUACGAAGGAUGUCGUCCAGAAUGUGUACUCAAUUCGGACUGCCCAUCGAACAGGGCUUGCGUCAGGAACAAGUGCCAAGACCCGUGUCCUGGCACCUGCGGCCAGAACGCUGACUGUCAGGUUGUGAAUCACCUACCGUCGUGUACUUGCUUCCCUGGAUACGAGGGAGAUCCGUUCAGAUAUUGUAACAUCGAACAAAGAGAACCGGUAAAAGAAUACGUCAACCCUUGCCAACCGAGUCCCUGCGGGCCAAACAGCCAAUGUCGGGAGAUCAAUGGGCAGGCAGUUUGCUCGUGUUUGCCUACCUACGUUGGUUCUCCUCCGGGAUGUCGCCCAGAAUGUGUGGUGAGCUCGGAAUGUGCCUUAGACAAGGCUUGCGUCAACCAGAAAUGCGUUGAUCCAUGUCCUGGAACAUGUGGAACCAACGCAAGGUGCAACGUCAAUAACCACAGUCCCAUUUGCUCAUGUCAGUCAGGAUUUACUGGUGAUCCGUUCACUCGAUGCUAUCCAAUUCCACCUCCGGUUCAAGACACGCCAAUCGUUGUGAGAAAUCCAUGCGUUCCUUCUCCGUGCGGUCCAAACUCACAAUGUCGCGAUGCGAACGGUUCUCCUUCUUGUUCAUGCUUAAGUAACUACAUUGGAUCACCUCCGAAUUGCCGGCCUGAGUGCUCAAUCAACGCGGAAUGUCCAAGUAAUCAGGCUUGCAUGAACGAGAAGUGUCGAGACCCGUGUCCCGGAUCAUGUGGCAUCAACGCGAGGUGUAACGUUAUAAAUCACACGCCCAUAUGCUCUUGUGAAGUAGGAUACACAGGAGAUCCCUUCACCAGCUGUAGGCCAAUGCCACCGCCACCGCCCGAACCAGUCAACGACGAUCCUUGCAAUCCAUCGCCCUGUGGAGCAAACGCACAAUGUCAGAAUGGUAUUUGCACAUGCUUGCCAGAAUACCAAGGCGAUCCGUACCGAGGCUGCAGGCCCGAGUGCGUUUUGAACUCGGACUGCGCUCGGGACAGGGCCUGUAUUCGUAGCAAAUGUGUAGAUCCGUGCCCGGGUACGUGUGGUCAAGAUGCACUGUGCGAAGUGAUCAAUCAUAUUCCGAUGUGCCGAUGUCCGGAUGGAAUGGCUGGAAAUGCAUUCGUACAGUGUCGACCGCAGCAAGCCCCGGCCGUGACUAACCCAUGUAGUCCAUCGCCUUGCGGGCCUAACAGCCAGUGUCGCGAAAUCAACGGACAAGCCGUGUGCUCCUGUGUUCCAGGGUACAUUGGUAGCCCUCCGACGUGUCGUCCGGAGUGCGUUGUAAGUGCAGAAUGCCCACAGAACCAAGCUUGUACCAACCAGAAAUGUAGGGAUCCUUGUCCUGGAACCUGUGGAGUGGGUGCCAGAUGCUCGGUUGUGAAUCAUAAUCCGAUCUGCAGCUGCCCCGAAAGAUACACUGGUGAUCCGUUCGUGCGUUGCCAGCCGAUGAUACAAAUGACCCCAACCAAUCCAUGUCAACCAUCUCCUUGCGGACCAAAUGCACAGUGCCGUGCAGUAGGUGACUCCCCAUCUUGUACAUGUAUAGAGGGCAUGAUAGGCGCCCCGCCGAAUUGCCGUCCGGAAUGUAUUAGCAACUCCGAUUGCUCAAACAACUUGGCAUGCAUACGACAAAAGUGCCAAGAUCCAUGUCCAGGAGCGUGUGGCGCAAAUGCGGAAUGUAGGGUUGUGAGCCAUACUCCGAUGUGCAUUUGUGCUGUUGGAUACACUGGCGACCCCUUCACGCAAUGCGUUCCAUUCCAACAAGAUGCACCCAAAGACCAAACGACACCUUGUCUGCCCAACCCUUGCGGAGCCAAUGCUCAGUGCAGGGAGCAAAACGGUGCUGGAGCGUGUACGUGUAUUGAGGAUCAUUUCGGAAACCCCUACGAAGGAUGUCGUCCAGAAUGUGUACUCAAUUCGGACUGCCCAUCGAACAGGGCUUGCGUCAGGAACAAGUGCCAAGACCCGUGUCCUGGCACCUGCGGCCAGAACGCUGACUGUCAGGUUGUGAAUCACCUACCGUCGUGUACUUGCUUCCCUGGAUACGAGGGAGAUCCGUUCAGAUAUUGUAACAUCGAACAAAGAGAACCGGUAAAAGAAUACGUCAACCCUUGCCAACCGAGUCCCUGCGGGCCAAACAGCCAAUGUCGGGAGAUCAAUGGGCAGGCAGUUUGCUCGUGUUUGCCUACCUACGUUGGUUCUCCUCCGGGAUGUCGCCCAGAAUGUGUGGUGAGCUCGGAAUGUGCCUUAGACAAGGCUUGCGUCAACCAGAAAUGCGUUGAUCCAUGUCCUGGAACAUGUGGAACCAACGCAAGGUGCAACGUCAAUAACCACAGUCCCAUUUGCUCAUGUCAGUCAGGAUUUACUGGUGAUCCGUUCACUCGAUGCUAUCCAAUUCCACCUCCGGUUCAAGACACGCCAAUCGUUGUGAGAAAUCCAUGCGUUCCUUCUCCGUGCGGUCCAAACUCACAAUGUCGCGAUGCGAACGGUUCUCCUUCUUGUUCAUGCUUAAGUAACUACAUUGGAUCACCUCCGAAUUGCCGGCCUGAGUGCUCAAUCAACGCGGAAUGUCCAAGUAAUCAGGCUUGCAUGAACGAGAAGUGUCGAGACCCGUGUCCCGGAUCAUGUGGCAUCAACGCGAGGUGUAACGUUAUAAAUCACACGCCCAUAUGCUCUUGUGAAGUAGGAUACACAGGAGAUCCCUUCACCAGCUGUAGGCCAAUGCCACCGCCACGUAAGAAUUGCCUCGAGAUCCCAUGCCUUUCCGAUCAGUUCAUAAUAGAACCCCUUCGUCCAACAGCGCCCGAACCAGUCAACGACGAUCCUUGCAAUCCAUCGCCCUGUGGAGCAAACGCACAAUGUCAGAAUGGUAUUUGCACAUGCUUGCCAGAAUACCAAGGCGAUCCGUACCGAGGCUGCAGGCCCGAGUGCGUUUUGAACUCGGACUGCGCUCGGGAUAGGGCCUGUAUUCGUAGCAAAUGUGUAGAUCCGUGCCCGGGUACGUGUGGUCAAGAUGCACUGUGCGAAGUGAUCAAUCAUAUUCCGAUGUGCCGAUGUCCGGAUGGAAUGGCUGGAAAUGCAUUCGUACAGUGUCGACCGCAGCAAGCCCCGGCCGUGACUAACCCAUGUAGUCCAUCGCCUUGCGGGCCUAACAGCCAGUGUCGCGAAAUCAACGGACAAGCCGUGUGCUCCUGUGUUCCAGGGUACAUUGGUAGCCCUCCGACGUGUCGUCCGGAGUGCGUUGUAAGUGCAGAAUGCUCACAGAACCAAGCUUGUACCAACCAGAAAUGUAGGGAUCCUUGUCCUGGAACCUGUGGAGUGGGUGCCAGAUGCUCGGUUGUGAAUCAUAAUCCGAUCUGCAGCUGCCCCGAAAGAUACACUGGUGAUCCGUUCGUGCGUUGCCAGCCGAUGAUCGAACCUCCAGUACAAAUGACCCCAACCAAUCCAUGUCAACCAUCUCCUUGCGGACCAAAUGCACAGUGCCGUGCAGUAGGUGACUCCCCAUCUUGUACAUGUAUAGAGGGCAUGAUAGGCGCCCCGCCGAAUUGCCGUCCGGAAUGUAUUAGCAACUCCGAUUGCUCAAACAACUUGGCAUGCAUACGACAAAAGUGCCAAGAUCCAUGUCCAGGAGCGUGUGGCGCAAAUGCGGAAUGUAGGGUUGUGAGCCAUACUCCGAUGUGCAUUUGUGCUGUUGGAUACACUGGCGACCCCUUCACGCAAUGCGUUCCAUUCCAACAAGAUGCACCCAAAGACCAAACGACACCUUGUCUGCCCAACCCUUGCGGAGCCAAUGCUCAGUGCAGGGAGCAAAACGGUGCUGGAGCGUGUACGUGUAUUGAGGAUCAUUUCGGAAACCCCUACGAAGGAUGUCGUCCAGAAUGUGUACUCAAUUCGGACUGCCCAUCGAACAGGGCUUGCGUCAGGAACAAGUGCCAAGACCCGUGUCCUGGCACCUGCGGCCAGAACGCUGACUGUCAGGUUGUGAAUCACCUACCGUCGUGUACUUGCUUCCCUGGAUACGAGGGAGAUCCGUUCAGAUAUUGUAACAUCGAACAAAGAGAACCGGUAAAAGAAUACGUCAACCCUUGCCAACCGAGUCCCUGCGGGCCAAACAGCCAAUGUCGGGAGAUCAAUGGGCAGGCAGUUUGCUCGUGUUUGCCUACCUACGUUGGUUCUCCUCCGGGAUGUCGCCCAGAAUGUGUGGUGAGCUCGGAAUGUGCCUUAGACAAGGCUUGCGUCAACCAGAAAUGCGUUGAUCCAUGUCCUGGAACAUGUGGAACCAACGCAAGGUGCAACGUCAAUAACCACAGUCCCAUUUGCUCAUGUCAGUCAGGAUUUACUGGUGAUCCGUUCACUCGAUGCUAUCCAAUUCCACCUCCGGUUCAAGACACGCCAAUCGUUGUGAGAAAUCCAUGCGUUCCUUCUCCGUGCGGUCCAAACUCACAAUGUCGCGAUGCGAACGGUUCUCCUUCUUGUUCAUGCUUAAGUAACUACAUUGGAUCACCUCCGAAUUGCCGGCCUGAGUGCUCAAUCAACGCGGAAUGUCCAAGUAAUCAGGCUUGCAUGAACGAGAAGUGUCGAGACCCGUGUCCCGGAUCAUGUGGCAUCAACGCGAGGUGUAUCGUUAUAAAUCACACUCCUAUUUGUACGUGUGAGGUGGGAUACACAGGAGAUCCCUUCACCAGCUGUAGGCCAAUGCCACCGCCACCGCCCGAACCAGUCAACGACGAUCCUUGCAAUCCAUCGCCCUGUGGAGCAAACGCACAAUGUCAGAAUGGUAUUUGCACAUGCUUGCCAGAAUACCAAGGCGAUCCGUACCGAGGCUGCAGGCCCGAGUGCGUUUUGAACUCGGACUGCGCUCGGGACAGGGCCUGUAUUCGUAGCAAAUGUGUAGAUCCGUGCCCGGGUACGUGUGGUCAAGAUGCACUGUGCGAAGUGAUCAAUCAUAUUCCGAUGUGCCGAUGUCCGGAUGGAAUGGCUGGAAAUGCAUUCGUACAGUGUCGACCGCAGCAAGCCCCGGCCGUGACUAACCCAUGUAGUCCAUCGCCUUGCGGGCCUAACAGCCAGUGUCGCGAAAUCAACGGACAAGCCGUGUGCUCCUGUGUUCCAGGGUACAUUGGUAGCCCUCCGACGUGUCGUCCGGAGUGCGUUGUAAGUGCAGAAUGCCCACAGAACCAAGCUUGUACCAACCAGAAAUGUAGGGAUCCUUGUCCUGGAACCUGUGGAGUGGGUGCCAGAUGCUCGGUUGUGAAUCAUAAUCCGAUCUGCAGCUGCCCCGAAAGAUACACUGGUGAUCCGUUCGUGCGUUGCCAGCCGAUGAUCGAACCUCCAGUACAAAUGACCCCAACCAAUCCAUGUCAACCAUCUCCUUGCGGACCAAAUGCACAGUGCCGUGCAGUAGGUGACUCCCCAUCUUGUACAUGUAUAGAGGGCAUGAUAGGCGCCCCGCCGAAUUGCCGUCCGGAAUGUAUUAGCAACUCCGAUUGCUCAAACAACUUGGCAUGCAUACGACAAAAGUGCCAAGAUCCAUGUCCAGGAGCGUGUGGCGCAAAUGCGGAAUGUAGGGUUGUGAGCCAUACUCCGAUGUGCAUUUGUGCUGUUGGAUACACUGGCGACCCCUUCACGCAAUGCGUUCCAUUCCAACAAGAUGCACCCAAAGACCAAACGACACCUUGUCUGCCCAACCCUUGCGGAGCCAAUGCUCAGUGCAGGGAGCAAAACGGUGCUGGAGCGUGUACGUGUAUUGAGGAUCAUUUCGGAAACCCCUACGAAGGAUGUCGUCCAGAAUGUGUACUCAAUUCGGACUGCCCAUCGAACAGGGCUUGCGUCAGGAACAAGUGCCAAGACCCGUGUCCUGGCACCUGCGGCCAGAACGCUGACUGUCAGGUUGUGAAUCACCUACCGUCGUGUACUUGCUUCCCUGGAUACGAGGGAGAUCCGUUCAGAUAUUGUAACAUCGAACAAAGAGAACCGGUAAAAGAAUACGUCAACCCUUGCCAACCGAGUCCCUGCGGGCCAAACAGCCAAUGUCGGGAGAUCAAUGGGCAGGCAGUUUGCUCGUGUUUGCCUACCUACGUUGGUUCUCCUCCGGGAUGUCGCCCAGAAUGUGUGGUGAGCUCGGAAUGUGCCUUAGACAAGGCUUGCGUCAACCAGAAAUGCGUUGAUCCAUGUCCUGGAACAUGUGGAACCAACGCAAGGUGCAACGUCAAUAACCACAGUCCCAUUUGCUCAUGUCAGUCAGGAUUUACUGGUGAUCCGUUCACUCGAUGCUAUCCAAUUCCACGUAAGAAGACCCCUUUAUCCAUCUCUAUAUUGCUCUUCACUGUAGCUCCAUCUCCGGUUCAAGACACGCCAAUCGUUGUGAGAAAUCCAUGCGUUCCUUCUCCGUGCGGUCCAAACUCACAAUGUCGCGAUGCGAACGGUUCUCCUUCUUGUUCAUGCUUAAGUAACUACAUUGGAUCACCUCCGAAUUGCCGGCCUGAGUGCUCAAUCAACGCGGAAUGUCCAAGUAAUCAGGCUUGCAUGAACGAGAAGUGUCGAGACCCGUGUCCCGGAUCAUGUGGCAUCAACGCGAGGUGUAACGUUAUAAAUCACACGCCCAUAUGCUCUUGUGAAGUAGGAUACACAGGAGAUCCCUUCACCAGCUGUAGGCCAAUGCCACCGCCACCGCCCGAACCAGUCAACGACGAUCCUUGCAAUCCAUCGCCCUGUGGAGCAAACGCACAAUGUCAGAAUGGUAUUUGCACAUGCUUGCCAGAAUACCAAGGCGAUCCGUACCGAGGCUGCAGGCCCGAGUGCGUUUUGAACUCGGACUGCGCUCGGGAUAGGGCCUGUAUUCGUAGCAAAUGUGUAGAUCCGUGCCCGGGUACGUGUGGUCAAGAUGCACUGUGCGAAGUGAUCAAUCAUAUUCCGAUGUGCCGAUGUCCGGAUGGAAUGGCUGGAAAUGCAUUCGUACAGUGUCGACCGCAGCAAGCCCCGGCCGUGACUAACCCAUGUAGUCCAUCGCCUUGCGGGCCUAACAGCCAGUGUCGCGAAAUCAACGGACAAGCCGUGUGCUCCUGUGUUCCAGGGUACAUUGGUAGCCCUCCGACGUGUCGUCCGGAGUGCGUUGUAAGUGCAGAAUGCCCACAGAACCAAGCUUGUACCAACCAGAAAUGUAGGGAUCCUUGUCCUGGAACCUGUGGAGUGGGUGCCAGAUGCUCGGUUGUGAAUCAUAAUCCGAUCUGCAGCUGCCCCGAAAGAUACACUGGUGAUCCGUUCGUGCGUUGCCAGCCGAUGAUCGAACCUCCAGUACAAAUGACCCCAACCAAUCCAUGUCAACCAUCUCCUUGCGGACCAAAUGCACAGUGCCGUGCAGUAGGUGACUCCCCAUCUUGUACAUGUAUAGAGGGCAUGAUAGGCGCCCCGCCGAAUUGCCGUCCGGAAUGUAUUAGCAACUCCGAUUGCUCAAACAACUUGGCAUGCAUACGACAAAAGUGCCAAGAUCCAUGUCCAGGAGCGUGUGGCGCAAAUGCGGAAUGUAGGGUUGUGAGCCAUACUCCGAUGUGCAUUUGUGCUGUUGGAUACACUGGCGACCCCUUCACGCAAUGCGUUCCAUUCCAACAAGAUGCACCCAAAGACCAAACGACACCUUGUCUGCCCAACCCUUGCGGAGCCAAUGCUCAGUGCAGGGAGCAAAACGGUGCUGGAGCGUGUACGUGUAUUGAGGAUCAUUUCGGAAACCCCUACGAAGGAUGUCGUCCAGAAUGUGUACUCAAUUCGGACUGCCCAUCGAACAGGGCUUGCGUCAGGAACAAGUGCCAAGACCCGUGUCCUGGCACCUGCGGCCAGAACGCUGACUGUCAGGUUGUGAAUCACCUACCGUCGUGUACUUGCUUCCCUGGAUACGAGGGAGAUCCGUUCAGAUAUUGUAACAUCGAACAAAGAGAACCGGUAAAAGAAUACGUCAACCCUUGCCAACCGAGUCCCUGCGGGCCAAACAGCCAAUGUCGGGAGAUCAAUGGGCAGGCAGUUUGCUCGUGUUUGCCUACCUACGUUGGUUCUCCUCCGGGAUGUCGCCCAGAAUGUGUGGUGAGCUCGGAAUGUGCCUUAGACAAGGCUUGCGUCAACCAGAAAUGCGUUGAUCCAUGUCCUGGAACAUGUGGAACCAACGCAAGGUGCAACGUCAAUAACCACAGUCCCAUUUGCUCAUGUCAGUCAGGAUUUACUGGUGAUCCGUUCACUCGAUGCUAUCCAAUUCCACCUCCGGUUCAAGACACGCCAAUCGUUGUGAGAAAUCCAUGCGUUCCUUCUCCGUGCGGUCCAAACUCACAAUGUCGCGAUGCGAACGGUUCUCCUUCUUGUUCAUGCUUAAGUAACUACAUUGGAUCACCUCCGAAUUGCCGGCCUGAGUGCUCAAUCAACGCGGAAUGUCCAAGUAAUCAGGCUUGCAUGAACGAGAAGUGUCGAGACCCGUGUCCCGGAUCAUGUGGCAUCAACGCGAGGUGUAUCGUUAUAAAUCACACUCCUAUUUGUACGUGUGAGGUGGGAUACACAGGAGAUCCCUUCACCAGCUGUAGGCCAAUGCCACCGCCACCGCCCGAACCAGUCAACGACGAUCCUUGCAAUCCAUCGCCCUGUGGAGCAAACGCACAAUGUCAGAAUGGUAUUUGCACAUGCUUGCCAGAAUACCAAGGCGAUCCGUACCGAGGCUGCAGGCCCGAGUGCGUUUUGAACUCGGACUGCGCUCGGGACAGGGCCUGUAUUCGUAGCAAAUGUGUAGAUCCGUGCCCGGGUACGUGUGGUCAAGAUGCACUGUGCGAAGUGAUCAAUCAUAUUCCGAUGUGCCGAUGUCCGGAUGGAAUGGCUGGAAAUGCAUUCGUACAGUGUCGACCGCAGCAAGCCCCGGCCGUGACUAACCCAUGUAGUCCAUCGCCUUGCGGGCCUAACAGCCAGUGUCGCGAAAUCAACGGACAAGCCGUGUGCUCCUGUGUUCCAGGGUACAUUGGUAGCCCUCCGACGUGUCGUCCGGAGUGCGUUGUAAGUGCAGAAUGCCCACAGAACCAAGCUUGUACCAACCAGAAAUGUAGGGAUCCUUGUCCUGGAACCUGUGGAGUGGGUGCCAGAUGCUCGGUUGUGAAUCAUAAUCCGAUCUGCAGCUGCCCCGAAAGAUACACUGGUGAUCCGUUCGUGCGUUGCCAGCCGAUGAUCGAACCUCCAGUACAAAUGACCCCAACCAAUCCAUGUCAACCAUCUCCUUGCGGACCAAAUGCACAGUGCCGUGCAGUAGGUGACUCCCCAUCUUGUACAUGUAUAGAGGGCAUGAUAGGCGCCCCGCCGAAUUGCCGUCCGGAAUGUAUUAGCAACUCCGAUUGCUCAAACAACUUGGCAUGCAUACGACAAAAGUGCCAAGAUCCAUGUCCAGGAGCGUGUGGCGCAAAUGCGGAAUGUAGGGUUGUGAGCCAUACUCCGAUGUGCAUUUGUGCUGUUGGAUACACUGGCGACCCCUUCACGCAAUGCGUUCCAUUCCAACAAGAUGCACCCAAAGACCAAACGACACCUUGUCUGCCCAACCCUUGCGGAGCCAAUGCUCAGUGCAGGGAGCAAAACGGUGCUGGAGCGUGUACGUGUAUUGAGGAUCAUUUCGGAAACCCCUACGAAGGAUGUCGUCCAGAAUGUGUACUCAAUUCGGACUGCCCAUCGAACAGGGCUUGCGUCAGGAACAAGUGCCAAGACCCGUGUCCUGGCACCUGCGGCCAGAACGCUGACUGUCAGGUUGUGAAUCACCUACCGUCGUGUACUUGCUUCCCUGGAUACGAGGGAGAUCCGUUCAGAUAUUGUAACAUCGAACAAAGAGAACCGGUAAAAGAAUACGUCAACCCUUGCCAACCGAGUCCCUGCGGGCCAAACAGCCAAUGUCGGGAGAUCAAUGGGCAGGCAGUUUGCUCGUGUUUGCCUACCUACGUUGGUUCUCCUCCGGGAUGUCGCCCAGAAUGUGUGGUGAGCUCGGAAUGUGCCUUAGACAAGGCUUGCGUCAACCAGAAAUGCGUUGAUCCAUGUCCUGGAACAUGUGGAACCAACGCAAGGUGCAACGUCAAUAACCACAGUCCCAUUUGCUCAUGUCAGUCAGGAUUUACUGGUGAUCCGUUCACUCGAUGCUAUCCAAUUCCACCUCCGGUUCAAGACACGCCAAUCGUUGUGAGAAAUCCAUGCGUUCCUUCUCCGUGCGGUCCAAACUCACAAUGUCGCGAUGCGAACGGUUCUCCUUCUUGUUCAUGCUUAAGUAACUACAUUGGAUCACCUCCGAAUUGCCGGCCUGAGUGCUCAAUCAACGCGGAAUGUCCAAGUAAUCAGGCUUGCAUGAACGAGAAGUGUCGAGACCCGUGUCCCGGAUCAUGUGGCAUCAACGCGAGGUGUAUCGUUAUAAAUCACACUCCUAUUUGUACGUGUGAGGUGGGAUACACAGGAGAUCCCUUCACCAGCUGUAGGCCAAUGCCACCGCCACGUAAGAAUUCGCCCGAACCAGUCAACGACGAUCCUUGCAAUCCAUCGCCCUGUGGAGCAAACGCACAAUGUCAGAAUGGUAUUUGCACAUGCUUGCCAGAAUACCAAGGCGAUCCGUACCGAGGCUGCAGGCCCGAGUGCGUUUUGAACUCGGACUGCGCUCGGGACAGGGCCUGUAUUCGUAGCAAAUGUGUAGAUCCGUGCCCGGGUACGUGUGGUCAAGAUGCACUGUGCGAAGUGAUCAAUCAUAUUCCGAUGUGCCGAUGUCCGGAUGGAAUGGCUGGAAAUGCAUUCGUACAGUGUCGACCGCAGCAAGCCCCGGCCGUGACUAACCCAUGUAGUCCAUCGCCUUGCGGGCCUAACAGCCAGUGUCGCGAAAUCAACGGACAAGCCGUGUGCUCCUGUGUUCCAGGGUACAUUGGUAGCCCUCCGACGUGUCGUCCGGAGUGCGUUGUAAGUGCAGAAUGCCCACAGAACCAAGCUUGUACCAACCAGAAAUGUAGGGAUCCUUGUCCUGGAACCUGUGGAGUGGGUGCCAGAUGCUCGGUUGUGAAUCAUAAUCCGAUCUGCAGCUGCCCCGAAAGAUACACUGGUGAUCCGUUCGUGCGUUGCCAGCCGAUGAUCGAACCUCCAGUACAAAUGACCCCAACCAAUCCAUGUCAACCAUCUCCUUGCGGACCAAAUGCACAGUGCCGUGCAGUAGGUGACUCCCCAUCUUGUACAUGUAUAGAGGGCAUGAUAGGCGCCCCGCCGAAUUGCCGUCCGGAAUGUAUUAGCAACUCCGAUUGCUCAAACAACUUGGCAUGCAUACGACAAAAGUGCCAAGAUCCAUGUCCAGGAGCGUGUGGCGCAAAUGCGGAAUGUAGGGUUGUGAGCCAUACUCCGAUGUGCAUUUGUGCUGUUGGAUACACUGGCGACCCCUUCACGCAAUGCGUUCCAUUCCAACAAGAUGCACCCAAAGACCAAACGACACCUUGUCUGCCCAACCCUUGCGGAGCCAAUGCUCAGUGCAGGGAGCAAAACGGUGCUGGAGCGUGUACGUGUAUUGAGGAUCAUUUCGGAAACCCCUACGAAGGAUGUCGUCCAGAAUGUGUACUCAAUUCGGACUGCCCAUCGAACAGGGCUUGCGUCAGGAACAAGUGCCAAGACCCGUGUCCUGGCACCUGCGGCCAGAACGCUGACUGUCAGGUUGUGAAUCACCUACCGUCGUGUACUUGCUUCCCUGGAUACGAGGGAGAUCCGUUCAGAUAUUGUAACAUCGAACAAAGAGAACCGGUAAAAGAAUACGUCAACCCUUGCCAACCGAGUCCCUGCGGGCCAAACAGCCAAUGUCGGGAGAUCAAUGGGCAGGCAGUUUGCUCGUGUUUGCCUACCUACGUUGGUUCUCCUCCGGGAUGUCGCCCAGAAUGUGUGGUGAGCUCGGAAUGUGCCUUAGACAAGGCUUGCGUCAACCAGAAAUGCGUUGAUCCAUGUCCUGGAACAUGUGGAACCAACGCAAGGUGCAACGUCAAUAACCACAGUCCCAUUUGCUCAUGUCAGUCAGGAUUUACUGGUGAUCCGUUCACUCGAUGCUAUCCAAUUCCACCUCCGGUUCAAGACACGCCAAUCGUUGUGAGAAAUCCAUGCGUUCCUUCUCCGUGCGGUCCAAACUCGCAAUGUCGCGAUGUGAACGGUUCUCCUUCUUGUUCAUGCUUAAGUAACUACAUUGGAUCACCUCCGAAUUGCCGGCCUGAGUGCUCAAUCAACGCGGAAUGUCCAAGUAAUCAGGCUUGCAUGAACGAGAAAUGUCGAGACCCGUGUCCCGGAUCAUGUGGCAUCAACGCGAGGUGUAACGUUAUAAAUCACACUCCUAUUUGUACGUGUGAGGUGGGAUACACAGGAGAUCCCUUCACCAGCUGUAGGCCAAUGCCACCGCCACCGCCCGAACCAGUCAACGACGAUCCUUGCAAUCCAUCGCCCUGUGGAGCAAACGCACAAUGUCAGAAUGGUAUUUGCACAUGCUUGCCAGAAUACCAAGGCGAUCCGUACCGAGGCUGCAGGCCCGAGUGCGUUUUGAACUCGGACUGCGCUCGGGACAGGGCCUGUAUUCGUAGCAAAUGUGUAGAUCCGUGCCCGGGUACGUGUGGUCAAGAUGCACUGUGCGAAGUGAUCAAUCAUAUUCCGAUGUGCCGAUGUCCGGAUGGAAUGGCUGGAAAUGCAUUCGUACAGUGUCGACCGCAGCAAGCCCCGGCCGUGACUAACCCAUGUAGUCCAUCGCCUUGCGGGCCUAACAGCCAGUGUCGCGAAAUCAACGGACAAGCCGUGUGCUCCUGUGUUCCAGGGUACAUUGGUAGCCCUCCGACGUGUCGUCCGGAGUGCGUUGUAAGUGCAGAAUGCCCACAGAACCAAGCUUGUACCAACCAGAAAUGUAGGGAUCCUUGUCCUGGAACCUGUGGAGUGGGUGCCAGAUGCUCGGUUGUGAAUCAUAAUCCGAUCUGCAGCUGCCCCGAAAGAUACACUGGUGAUCCGUUCGUGCGUUGCCAGCCGAUGAUCGAACCUCCAGUACAAAUGACCCCAACCAAUCCAUGUCAACCAUCUCCUUGCGGACCAAAUGCACAGUGCCGUGCAGUAGGUGACUCCCCAUCUUGUACAUGUAUAGAGGGCAUGAUAGGCGCCCCGCCGAAUUGCCGUCCGGAAUGUAUUAGCAACUCCGAUUGCUCAAACAACUUGGCAUGCAUACGACAAAAGUGCCAAGAUCCAUGUCCAGGAGCGUGUGGCGCAAAUGCGGAAUGUAGGGUUGUGAGCCAUACUCCGAUGUGCAUUUGUGCUGUUGGAUACACUGGCGACCCCUUCACGCAAUGCGUUCCAUUCCAACAAGAUGCACCCAAAGACCAAACGACACCUUGUCUGCCCAACCCUUGCGGAGCCAAUGCUCAGUGCAGGGAGCAAAACGGUGCUGGAGCGUGUACGUGUAUUGAGGAUCAUUUCGGAAACCCCUACGAAGGAUGUCGUCCAGAAUGUGUACUCAAUUCGGACUGCCCAUCGAACAGGGCUUGCGUCAGGAACAAGUGCCAAGACCCGUGUCCUGGCACCUGCGGGCAGAACGCUGACUGUCAGGUUGUGAAUCACCUACCGUCGUGUACUUGCUUCCCUGGAUACGAGGGAGAUCCGUUCAGAUAUUGUAACAUCGAACAAAGAGAACCGGUAAAAGAAUACGUCAACCCUUGCCAACCGAGUCCCUGCGGGCCAAACAGCCAAUGUCGGGAGAUCAAUGGGCAGGCAGUUUGCUCGUGUUUGCCUACCUACGUUGGUUCUCCUCCGGGAUGUCGCCCAGAAUGUGUGGUGAGCUCGGAAUGUGCCUUAGACAAGGCUUGCGUCAACCAGAAAUGCGUUGAUCCAUGUCCUGGAACAUGUGGAACCAACGCAAGGUGCAACGUCAAUAACCACAGUCCCAUUUGCUCAUGUCAGUCAGGAUUUACUGGUGAUCCGUUCACUCGAUGCUAUCCAAUUCCACCUCCGGUUCAAGACACGCCAAUCGUUGUGAGAAAUCCAUGCGUUCCUUCUCCGUGCGGUCCAAACUCACAAUGUCGCGAUGCGAACGGUUCUCCUUCUUGUUCAUGCUUAAGUAACUACAUUGGAUCACCUCCGAAUUGCCGGCCUGAGUGCUCAAUCAACGCGGAAUGUCCAAGUAAUCAGGCUUGCAUGAACGAGAAGUGUCGAGACCCGUGUCCCGGAUCAUGUGGCAUCAACGCGAGGUGUAUCGUUAUAAAUCACACUCCUAUUUGUACGUGUGAGGUGGGAUACACAGGAGAUCCCUUCACCAGCUGUAGGCCAAUGCCACCGCCACCGCCCGAACCAGUCAACGACGAUCCUUGCAAUCCAUCGCCCUGUGGAGCAAACGCACAAUGUCAGAAUGGUAUUUGCACAUGCUUGCCAGAAUACCAAGGCGAUCCGUACCGAGGCUGCAGGCCCGAGUGCGUUUUGAACUCGGACUGCGCUCGGGACAGGGCCUGUAUUCGUAGCAAAUGUGUAGAUCCGUGCCCGGGUACGUGUGGUCAAGAUGCACUGUGCGAAGUGAUCAAUCAUAUUCCGAUGUGCCGAUGUCCGGAUGGAAUGGCUGGAAAUGCAUUCGUACAGUGUCGACCGCAGCAAGCCCCGGCCGUGACUAACCCAUGUAGUCCAUCGCCUUGCGGGCCUAACAGCCAGUGUCGCGAAAUCAACGGACAAGCCGUGUGCUCUUGUUUGUCUGGCUAUUUCGGUUCUCCACCUAUGUGUCGUCCGGAAUGCACAGGAAACUCGGAAUGUGCGUUGACCCAAGCCUGCAUCAAUUUCAAAUGUGCAGAUCCGUGUCCUGGUAGCUGCGGAUUCUCGGCCCGUUGCACCGUGGUUAAUCAUAACCCGAUAUGUAGUUGCCCUACGAAAAUGACUGGCGAUCCAUUCACCAGAUGCUACGAAAUCGCUGAAAAGUCUCCACCUUUGAAUAUUCCCGCUGAUCCUUGUCAACCGUCGCCCUGCGGCUUAAAUGCACAAUGUGCUAACGCGAAUGGUGUACCAUCAUGCAGCUGUCUACCGGAAAUGUUAGGAUCUCCUCCGAAUUGCCGGCCAGAGUGCACGAGCAAUUCUGACUGCUCGCGUGUUCAAACUUGCUUAAGACAAAAGUGCGUCGAUCCCUGCAUAAACGCAUGUGGUAUUGACGCCAAAUGCCACGUGUCACUACAUGUCGCAAACUGUUUCUGCCCGGAUGGCUAUGAAGGAGAUCCUUUCCGAGCUUGCACCGUACUAAGUGAGUCCUCCACUCCGCCACCAUUGGCCGAACCGAGAGAUCCCUGCUACCCUUCGCCAUGUGGUGUCAAUGCCCGUUGUCAUCCCAAUAAUGGUGGAGCGAUAGUUUGUGAAUGCAUUGAAAACUACUUCGGAAAUCCAUAUGAAACAUGUCGUCCGGAGUGUGUCAGCAAUGGAGACUGCCAGAAGUCGUUGGCUUGCAUCAACAAUCGCUGUAAGGAUCCGUGUCCGGGAGUGUGUGGAAGAAAUGCAGAGUGCUCCGUUGUGAACCACACACCAGUCUGUUCCUGUCCGGAUGGAAUGAAGGGCAACGCGUUUGAACAAUGUUUGCGCGAAGAAGCUCCACCGCCACCAUCGGACCCUUGCUACCCGUCCCCUUGUGGCCAGAACACCGUAUGUCGUGUGUCCAACGGUAAUGCAAUAUGUGAGUGCUUGCCCGAGUUCAAGGGAAGUCCGUUCGGAAGGGGUUGUUACCCGGAAUGUGUGAUCAACAGCGAUUGUCCACGGGAUAAGACGUGCGUCAACAAGAAGUGCGUUGAUCCAUGUCCCGGUGUUUGCGGCUAUCGAGCGGAAUGUCACGCUAUCAACAACAGUCCGGUGUGUUCGUGUCCGAGCAACAUGAUCGGCGAUCCGUUUGUCGAAUGUAAAACGGCACCACCCAAGGAUCCGUGCAGUCCAUCACCCUGUCGAACGAACGGUAUCUGUCGCGUCGUUGGAGAUCGUGCUGAAUGCCAAUAUCCGGAGUGUAUUAUCAAUUCGGACUGUUCGACAAACCGAGCCUGUUACAACCAGAAGUGUCAGGAUCCGUGCAUUGGUGCGUGCGGCAUCAAUGCGUUGUGCAAUGUUAUCAAUCAUGCACCGGUUUGCUCCUGCCCGGCUCGUCAUGCAGGCUCGCCAUUCGUGCAGUGUAUGCCGCAACGUGACGAACCUAUACGGCCCCAACCGGAAUGUGCCAGCGAUAGCCAGUGCACUAACGAUAAGGCGUGCAUUAACGAGCAGUGCCAGAAUCCGUGCACUGUCGGUACGGGUCUGUGCACGCAAAAUGCCGAAUGUCGCGUACAGUUCCACCGUGCCAUUUGUGCCUGUCGCGAAGGGUACACCGGAAAUGCGCAGCUGGCUUGCUACGAAAUCGGAUGCCGAAGCGAUAGUGACUGCCCAGCUACGGAAGCGUGCGUGAACAGGAACUGCAUCGAUCCGUGUCGUCACACGCAGUGCGGUCGAAAUGCAUUGUGCAAGUCGGACUACAACCACAACGCACGUUGUCACUGUCUGGACGGGUAUCGAGGCAAUCCAUUAGUGGGCUGCACCCGGCCAGAGUGUACCAGCAACGAUGAAUGUCCAUAUCAUCAAUCGUGUCAGAACGAGCAAUGCCGAGAUCCGUGUAACUGCGCCCCGAACGCGCAAUGCAGGGUAGACAACCAUCUGGCAACGUGUCGGUGUCCACCAGGAUAUACCGGCGAUGCACAAUUUUCGUGCGAGAAGAUUCCGGUGCGAGAUCCUGCACAAUGCACGAUGGAUGCGGACUGUCCGAGCAAACUGGCCUGUUUCGAAGGUGUUUGCAAGAAUCCUUGUACGGAAACGAAACCGUGCGCGGAACAUGCUGUUUGCACGGUGCAAGACACACUACCGCUGCGUACAAUGUACUGCGUGUGCGAAGAAGGAUACGCGGGUGAUGCGGAAAAACAGUGCUUGCCAGUAUCCAAAGAUGAACCGGGAUGUUACAGCGAUGUGGAGUGUGCACCUACCGAAUCAUGCCGUGCGAGGGUUUGCGUGGAUGUUUGCAGCAGCUACAAUCCGUGCGCAUCGACCGCUGAAUGUUUGGCUCAGAGUCACAAAGCGAUCUGCUCGUGUCCCGUCGGCACGGUAGGUGAUCCAUUCCAGAACUGCUACAAACCGCCAGUUGUAUCACCGGAGUGCGUUGUGGAUGCCGAUUGUUCGUCCAGCAUGGCUUGCGUCAAUGAACGGUGCCAGGAUCCGUGCGCUGGUAGCAACCCGUGUGGAGGUAGCGCGGAAUGUCGCGCUAUCUAUCAUCGUCCACACUGCACCUGUCCCAUCGGAUGGGGUGGUGAUCCUAAAACGCAAUGUUACAAACCGGAAUGUAAAAUCGACUCGGAAUGUCCUUUCGAUAAAGCAUGCUUCAACGAAAAAUGCAUCAGUCCAUGCACGUACGGUGCCACGCAAUGCGGACGUGGUGCAGAUUGUGUCGCACAAAGCCACCGAGCCGUGUGCAUCUGUCCACCAGGUACGCAAGGCAACCCGUUCGUAUCCUGCGUCACCGGAAUGUGUCAGUACAACGAGGACUGUGCCGAGCAUGAAGCUUGUGAUCGAUUGAACCGCGUAUGUCGACCAGUUUGCGAUGAUCAACCGUGUGCUCGUACUGCGACGUGUAUAGCCAAGAACCACCAGGCAAGCUGCGAAUGUGCUCCGGGAAUGCGUGGCAACCCGUACGUCGAAUGUAUGCGUGACGAGCCCGAACCCGAGUGCCGUAUGGAUAGCGAAUGUGCUUCACAGCAAGCAUGCAUCCGGAACCGGUGUGUUAAUCCUUGUACCGAGCUGACGCCCUGUGCGAACCAGCAGACGUGCAGCGUGAUCGACACUCUGCCAUUACGCACGAUCAUCUGCGCCUGUCAGACGGACAUGCUGAUGGAUCGUUCCGGAAGCUGCAAACCGAUCGUCAUUGAAGAAUGUCGCUCGGACAAUGACUGUGCUGAUACGGAUCGGUGCGUGCGAGGACAAUGCGUGAUGGCUUGUAAGGUUGAUCCGUGCGGUAUUAAUGCCCAGUGUACUUCCGCUAACCAUCGAGCGCAAUGUACGUGUUCUCCGGGAUACGUCGGAAAGGCUCACAUCGAAUGUUUGCCUGAACCGAGGGUUACGUCGCCGAAGGAGUGCGUGGUCGAUGAUGAUUGUGCGUACGAUCGUACCUGCUUCAACGAUCGCUGCGUUAAUCCUUGCGUAAGUGAUGCCUGUGGACGGGGAGCUCUUUGUCGUGUCAACAACCACAAAGCGGUGUGCAACUGCCCAAGUGGAUUCACGAUGGAUGGCAACGGAAACUGUGUACCACCUGCCGGUGAUCUGCCACGUUGUCGAUCGAAUUCGGACUGCACGCGAAGUGAAACGUGCGUCAAUGAAAUAUGCGCGAACCCGUGCAACUGCGGCCAAAAUGCUGAUUGCUUCGUUAAGGAUCACUAUCCGGUGUGUAGCUGCAAGCCAGGCUACUCUGGUAACGCACAAACCGGAUGCUUCAAGCUGGAGUGCCAGAGCGAUAGCGAUUGCACGAACGACAAGCAAUGUGCGAAUGGCGCAUGUGUCGAUCCCUGUCAGUAUCAGGAUCCUUGUGCGCUUAACGCGGAAUGCUUCGGUGAUCGUCAUAAAGCUGCUUGCCGCUGUUUGCCGGGUCUUGAAGGAAAUCCCUUCGAGCGUUGCCGAAGGGUGGAGUGUCACUACGAUGGCGAAUGUCCGAAGACACUUGCCUGUCAGCAGGAACAGUGUGUGGAUCCGUGCGCAAAUUCACCGUGUGCUCAGAAUGCCCAAUGUUUCACAGUCAACCACCAGGCGCAAUGCAAGUGUCCAGAGCAUAUGCCAGAGGGCAAUCCCUAUUCGUUCUGUAGACCACGAGCAGUGGAAACCGAAGAGUGUCGUGUCGAUGGAGACUGUCCCAGCCGGAUGGCUUGCAUAAGAAAUCGAUGCCUGAAUCCUUGCGAUGAACUAAAACCAUGUGCGGAAUCGGCCCUUUGCACCGUACAGGACACCGUGCCCGUACGUACGAUGGUUUGCGAAUGUCCACCCCUGCACGUGCCCGAUAUUUCCGGUGCGUGCAAGCGUAUCGUGCUGCAAACGCCGAUCGACGUGUGCACAAGCGACUCCGAGUGUCCUGAGCAGCAUGCCUGCAUCAACCGGCAGUGUCGCGAUCCGUGCAGUUGCGGAACACACGCGACAUGCACGAUCAAGAACCACCGGGCAGUGUGUUCAUGUGAAGAAGGCUACGAGGGCAACCCCAACAUAGCUUGCCGGGCUAUCGGAUGUCGCGUGGACUCGGAAUGUGAAUCGAGUAAGGCGUGUGUGAACGGAAACUGCGUAAAUCCGUGCUUGGAUGAAAACCCAUGCGGCGUAGGAGCCGAAUGCUUCGGCCGAGCGAAUCGUGCCGAAUGCCGUUGUCUCAGCGGCUAUCGUGGCAAUCCGCUGGUACAGUGCAACGUGGUCGAAUGUCGUAGCAACAACGAUUGUCCGGAUGACAAGCAAUGCCGCAACUCGCAGUGCGUCAACCCGUGUAUCUACGAAAAUUCGUGCUCACCGCGAGCGGAAUGUCGCGCCCAGAAUCAUCUGGUUGUAUGCCGUUGUCCGGUUGGGCUGGUGGGCAAUCCCUACGUGGACUGUAGACCUGAGAUUGUGCCCGAGUGCCGAUACGACACGGAAUGUCCUUCACAUCUGGCCUGCAUCGACAACAAGUGUGUUGAACCAUGCAGCGCACUAACGCCGUGCAAUCAACCUGCCCGAUGUGAGGUCGUGCCGUCUUCACCGGUGCGUACUAUGCUGUGCACCUGUCCGGAUGGAUACGUCAGCAGCGGUAGUGGCACGUGCAAACCGGUGGUAAAGGCCGGCUGCAUAUCCGACUCGGACUGCUCCAGUGAUACGGCUUGCAUCAACAGUAUCUGUCGCGAUCCGUGCAAUUGCGGACCAAAUGCGGAAUGUCGCGUCAAGGACCACAAGCCCGUGUGUUCUUGCGCGCAAGGAUACGACGGUGAUCCAGAGACGCAGUGCAUCAAGAUCGAAUGUCGCUCGGACAGUGACUGCUCGGGUCAGCAUACCUGCUACAACAGGCAGUGUGUGCCGGCUUGCUCGAUGGAAAACUGCGGCACACAAGCCGAAUGCAUCGGUGUUAACCAUCGAGCCGUCUGCGAAUGUCUGCCAGGAUACGAUGGCAAUCCGAGGGUGGCCUGUAAGCUAAUCGGAUGUCGCCGUGACUCGGACUGCCCACUGGACAAGGCGUGCAUCAACGGAAAGUGCGAUAAUCCGUGCGAGUUGCAGGCGGUUUGUGCCCAGAACGAACAGUGCCAGGUGUACCAGCAUCGGCCCGAGUGUGCCUGCCCGCCACCGUACGAAAACGAUCCGCUACAGGGUUGCGUGUUGCGAGAUGAUCGCUGCAUGACUGACGGCGAGUGUCCUUCGCAGACGGCCUGCAUACAGGGUGAAUGCGUGAACCCGUGCAACGUGACGGAACCGUGUGGUGUGAAUUCGAUCUGCAAGGUACUGGACACACUGCCCGUGCGCACCAUGAUUUGUGAAUGCCUUCCAGGAUAUCAGGGCAACGCUGCAAUACAGUGCGAUAAGAUGGCGCUGUGUCCAACGGAUCGAGGAUUCGUGCGCAAUUCGAAUGGAGAAUGCGUUUGUCCUCCAGGAUAUGGGCUUUCGUUGUACGACGAUUGUCAGCCUUGUCGCGAGGAAGACGGCCUCAAAGUAGACGAAACCGGUCGAUGCGUGUGUGCACUCGAACGAGGUCUCAUAAUCGACGAGCGUGGCCGAUGCAUCUGUCCAAUAGAAUACGGUUACCGGCUGACCAGUCGCGGUGAGUGUGUUCGAAGCGAAAAGCCAGAGUGCGAACGAGACGAACACUGUGCCGAUUGGCGGUAUUGCAACCUGGAAUCGAAGACAUGCGAUGACCCAUGCCAAAGGAAGACCUGCGGCACGAAUGCUCUCUGUAACGCAACUAACCAUCAAGCAGUUUGUCAGUGCAUAACCGGUUACACUGGAAAUCCGGAGGAACAUUGCAAUCAAACAACUAACUUCCGUACAGACUUCCCUCAGCCAGAAAUGGUAGUGACAUGCCAAGCCGAUGGUGUGCAGGUCGUCAUUGACCUGGCGGAGUCAAACUUCAACGGUGUGCUGUACGUGAAGGGCCACAGCAAGGACGAAGAAUGUCGGCGCGUCGUGAACCUGGCCGGAGAUACGUCGUCUGCUCGCACGCAGAUAUUCAAGGUGCAUUUCGGUAGCUGCGGACUGAUCCAUAUCAACGGUAUUGCGAGCUUUGUACUAGUCAUCCAGAAGCACCCGAAGCUGGUGACGUACAAGGCCCAAGCGUACCACAUCAAGUGCGUGUACCAAACCGGAGAGCAGAAUGUCACGCUCGGCUUCAACGUGCAGAUGUUGACGACGGCUGGUACGAUUGCCAAUACGGGUCCACCGCCUACCUGCGCCAUGCGUAUAGUGGCCUUCAACGGAGAGGAAAUCAACUCCGCUGAAAUCGGUGACAAUCUGCGUUUGCAGGUGGAAGUGCAGCCAGCAACUAUCUACGGUGGAUUCGCACGAAGCUGCGUGGCCAAAACUAUGGAGGAAAGCGUGGAAAACGAAUACAUCGUUACGGACGAAGAUGGAUGCGCAACAGAUCCGUCGAUCUUCGGCGAUUGGGAGUACAAUGCAGACACAAACAGUCUGCUAGCAAGCUUCAACGCAUUCAAGUUCCCCUCGAGUGAUAACAUCCGGUUCCAGUGUAACAUCCGGGUGUGCUUUGGAAAAUGCCAACCCGUCAAUUGUCACGGAGCAAAUGCCUAUGGAAAGCGACGCCGUCGUCGUGAAGCGAUUGGUAUCGAGAUGGCACGCACGAUUGAGGUUGUGUACAACCGUACCAAGCGUGCUGCGGAUGAUACGGCAUUGGCAACCGAUGAUUCGCUUGGAAUGGAAGGCACGUUGCGGGAAGAAAUUACGAUCCAAUCGAACGCAAUCCUAACGCUGGAGAAACGCGAAGAACGUUCGUUUGAUUCAAACAACAUAACUCCUGCGGCACAACGUGUGGAGGAUAUUUGCGUGUCGAUGAUCGGGCUGAUAUUGGCACUGGUCAUCACCGCCCUGCUGGCACUGGUUGCCGUGGCUGUCGCCGUGUCCUGUUGGUUGAUGGCCUAUCGACGAAGGCCAACAAUCACUGGACCGCUUCCACAUCCACCAGAGUUUCCAAAUCCUCUGUUCGCACAUCACGAACCAUCGGAACCAUCGCAUCAUGAUUUCAUGGGAUAGUACUAUAGAGAUAUCGCUACUAAAUAGAAGAGAAACGAUAAGCGAAAAACGAAACGAACUAACCGAAACGACAAAACACGGACACACGUGUACUACUACUAGGACUAUUGUCAAAAGUGCUGCGGCUGCAUAUCAAUCACUAAUCCGAGAUUAGAUGUAGUUGCUAACUCAUUAAACGAUAACCCGAAUCAUCCUGCCGUUCAAGGUUCCAAGGUUAUUUCCAGGUCCUUCUGUUUUUCUUUGUCUGUUUCUCCCUCUCGCUCGCUCUCUACGUUAGCCCACGUAUGGCGAAGAAGAUUGAGACGGAACUGUAAAUAAUACCUACUCUCCCCUGAAAAAAAGAAAACAUUUAAAUGUUCUUACUGCUCAAAGAGCACUGAUAUGCUCUCUUUCUAAAGCAAAAGAAAAACGCAUCCCAGCCAGAGCAGCUCGAGAAAUCACGGUCCUCGAGCUAGUUUGAAACACGAACCCAGUGUCUUUUUAGGUUACAUUUAGUUAGCUUAAUUGAAAAAUCAUACUAGCAUUAUAUCCUCUGUGGAAUGCGAAAGAUCAGGCUGCAGGUGGUUAGGAUUGGUGGAGAUGUCGGAUUGUUUUUGACGGGUCACAAGACCCCGGACGAACGCGCUCAGCCAUGGUCGAUCGCAUUCCAGCUCACGAUAGCAUCUCCUCCGUCGGUCGUUACUAGUCCUUUAUUUAUUAAUGUUAAUAUGAUGGUUAAAACGGCACCGAGAAGACCAACCAACCAACGAACCACUCCCGGUUUACGGCGCUUCCGUGCCCUGCAGCUGGACCAAACUUCAGAGACAGGCAACGGGCAGCGCAUGUGCUUGAACGUGUAUGCAGGCGUUGUUGCCUGCCCGCACGAUAUCCUUACCGGCAUAGUGUGGUGCACUAUUCCGAACGAGUUGUAUGAGAGGUACGCUCACGUUUUAACUGUAAUUUAUUGAUAUUUUAAAGUAUGCCUUUGAUAUAUACUGAACGAAUGAAUGACGAUCGCCGGAGGAUUUGAGGGCGGGGCUUUAGAUAUUACGAAAUAGUACGGUUGAUUUUUCCCAAUGUUUUUUUACAUUCGAACUCCUUUCGAAAAGCACAUUAAAUGUUGUAAUAUAGUUUAUUUUUCCUUUGGCCUGUGGGCGCUCAAACAAAACGCGCACACAAACCCUAAGUGCUGCGAUGUGAAAUAAUGUAUCAUUCGGUUGCACUUUUCAACCGAUACCACCAAGCAGGUUGAAUCACAAAAAAAAACACGCACUCACUUCCUUGUACUGCCACACGGUAUUCAUCGCGGUUCACUGUAGAAGCUUUUUAUUUUUGUAUCGUUUGUAAUAGUUUGGGCUAGUGUAUCAACGUCAGGAGGAACUGUUAAGCACAUGUAGGGAGCAGCGACCUUACUUGUUGCACACGCAGUCCUGCCAAUUGAGGUAACUUUCCAAGCUCGAAUGUACAAGAGAUGAAUAUUCUACUGCUUCUCCUGAGCUGCAAUACCGACUGAAACCAAAUCUACUGCCGAGUUUCUCUAUACCGAAGGUAGUUUUACAAUUCUCCUCUAAAAGCAAUCGGUAUGUUAGUUGUGUUUCUUAACAAGCUCAAACACACCCACAUACAUGAUGUAAUGCUACCAUAACGCAGCACAUUUCGACCAGAUUUUGAAGGCUUUUUAAGAAGGCUCGUUUUCAACUGCCGUGGCUUGCAUUAGCUUCGUUCAGCCUAUAGUAGAUGUAUAAUUAUAUUCAGGUUCUCUCAAAAGACUGCCACCAAAACCAAUCAACACUAACGUAAUGUUGCUCACGUUGCCUGUAUAACAGAGAGUGUACAGCAUCUUCCUGUUUGCAAACAUUUGUACUAUGUUUUUAGUUUCUCUCUAUGCAGCCGUUUAGAAACAUUCAACGCACUUUUACGAAUACGAAUAGUUAAAAACGAAACGAAACUAAACCAAUAGGAAAAAUAAAAAACGACAAUAAAC